AUGAUGGGAAAGGAUGAGCUUGUUUCCUGUGCCCCCGGCAUGCUACUCUGUGGGAGUGGAGAUUGGAGAGUGGUGUGUGUGUGUGUGUGUGUGUGUGUGUUAGGGCAGCACGAUUAAUCAAAUUCAGAUUGAAAGUGCGAUAUUGACGUGCUAUUUUCUCCUUUCUUUGGCAGUCCUUUAAUACAACAAAAACUAGACUAUGGUACCUCCUCCAAUGAGAUGCACUAGACUCUGUUCAUUCACUCUACUAUACAUGCACAGAGGAUGCUGACCAAUCACAAGCGGGCUCUCUCACUCUCUGUAUGGCAUGCACAUGCUGGCCAAUCACAAGCGUCCCCACUAAGAGCGCGCAGUUAGAUGCUAGAGAGGAGAGAAAGGGCUUUACCUCUGAGUGUGUGUCGGAAACAUGAGUGCUGCUAGUGCUAACGGGAACGUCGAUUCCGUGCCAAAGAAGUGCGCAUCUUCAUUGGUAUGGCAGUAUUUCGGCUACAGGCAAACCGAUGUCAACCAAAUUCAAGUGUUGUGCAAAAAGUGCCUCACAGUUGUGGCGACAAAAAGAGGCAACACGACACAUUUAUUCAGUCAUUUGAAGAAUAACCAUACCCUACUUUACCACAUUUUGCAUGGUGAAAAAAAGCACCCGUCAGCAGCAAAGCCCCUUAGCCACAACCAGCCACCUACGUUAAACAGGCAUUGAUUACCGAUGCGUUUUCAAUUGUAACACCCUAAGAAAAAACAUCCCACAGACACAUAGAAAUCACAGAGGCUAUUACCUACCCCAGUGGUUCCCAACUAGGGGUAUUAGGACCCCUGGGGGUACUUGGCCUAUCCACAGAGGGUACUUAAGAAGACUCAUCAGACCGUAGGCUUACUGGUAAAAUGCACAUGAGGGGUACUUCAGGGGUACUCCGGGCAGAGCAAAAUUCAGUUGGUGGUACAGUAACCAAAAAAGGUUGGGAACAACUGACCUAUCACAUAGCCAAAGACAUGGUUCCUAUUUACACAGUCACCAAAGACGACUUUAAGAAGAUGAUAAACAAGCUGGAGGCGAGAUUCUAUCUUGCACAUAUUUCUGUCAAGUCGCCAUCCCAACACACUGUAUAACAAAAUUAAGGGAGAAGUUGAAACAUUGAAUGUCGCGUUGAAUGACUGGACCAGACUCCAAUGUUUUGGACACAGGCUGCACCUUGCAACCGGUGUGCUACGUGUUACAUGUUUUUAAGGCAAUUUGACUUAUAAUUUCAAUUAUAAUAAUGAUUGAGCCUACUUAUACAUUAUUACGCAAUCAUACGCUUCCUAUUCCAUCUGCAGCCUAUGGCUGCCUGAAUAAAGAAUUAACUUAUUUAACUUAUAAAAUUGUAAAAUAGGAAACAGGAAAUCAUAAUAUUAUUCAUUCAUUAAUGAUAGCACACUAUAUUUUGAUAAUCAUGUAAAAAAUGUAUGUUUGUUAAUAUGUAGGUGUAGUAAUCAUAUCUAUUAUCAUAUGUAGCCUAUAACAAUGUUGGAAAAUAUUUGUUUAAUUUGUUUUUGUAUUCAGUUAGCACAGUAUGUAUUCAUUCAUUGAAAAUCGCAAUAUCUGGAACAAAAUAGUGCAAUUUGAUAUUUUGUCCAAAUCGUGCAGCCCAAGUGUGUGUAUGUGGUAAGGCACAUGGGUUAAGAUUGACUGCAUGGAAUCUGGUAUGGGAUCUGCACAAUGCAGAUUGGAAGAAGGGAAGAUACACACUGCAUACGAGCUAGCCACGAGGCAAGCACGGGCUAGAUAGAGAUGAGCACAUUCUGUAGCCACAGGCAGGCAGAGAGCUCCCUCAUUAGCAUGCUCUGCAUACAACAGAGGCUCUGUCUUUCUCUCUCUCACACACAGAGGCAUCACAGGCUCAGCUAUAAAUAGUCUCUCUCUCUACAUUUUAGUAAUUUAGCAGAUGCUCUUAUCCAGAGCGACUUACAGUUAGUGAGUGCAUACAUUUUUUUUCAUACUGGCCCCCCCAUGGGAAUCGAACCCACAUCCCUGGCGUUGCAAGCGCCAUGCUCUACCAACUGAGCUACACGGGGCAGGAAGUCACCACUGGUCUUUGUGUGUUGUCUGAUGUCACUUCUCCAUCUUUGUCCUCCCACUUGGGAGUCGUCUGUCAUCAGCUGUGCUGUUAACUACACCCAUCCUGUCACCCACUUCCUCACCCUCACCCCUUCCCUUCCUCCCCUCACCAUCAUUCACCCUCACCCCUUCCUAUCACACCUCACCGUCACCCCUCCCCAUCACCCCUGAACUGCUGUCAACUCGGCUAACGUUCAGGCAACGUCACAUCUGUGUUCGCUGCAGCGGGGCUGUCACUUCCACUAACGUUGCGGGAGCGUUACGUUUUAGCUUGGAGAAGCCUGUGUUUGUGUGUGUGUAUGUGUGUCUGUCCACCUGUUUUGUGCUGGUAACAGCAGUGACCUACUUCAGUUAUACCACUGAAAUAUAUAGAGCCUUCAAAACUACAAACAACAUCAGAGCCUGAAAUGUAUCCAGCAAAUUAAUUCAACCUUGGACUCGUUCAUUGUCCUUGUAUUCAGGGAAUAUGUGUUGUCAGAAUGUUGUCAGAAUGUAGUCAGACGAGCACAGCUAACACAACCUGCUCAGCUGCUGUUUCCAGGCAGGCGUGGCCCUCUUUCCCUCCCUCUCUGUGAGUGUGACAGUUCUGCUUGGAUUGCACCAUGCCGUCCAGUUAGAGGUCACUAGCUAGCCUCACAUAUAUACACCAGUCCCCCACACACACACACACACACACACACACUGUACACACACACGCACGCAGGCACCCACAGACACACACACACACACACACCAGUCCCUUAGUGCCUCACAACUCAGCACGGCACACUCGGAUGGACGGGCAGCAGAGGAUUGGCAUCAGCAGCCAGCCUCAGGGGAAACACUUUAUCCAACCACACACACACUCCCUUAGUAUUAGCCUCGCCCUGCCUGGGUAAAUUCCUACCUGAGAAAUGUAUUUAAUCCUAAUAGUCAGAUAAAGGUGGUGUCAAAUGAAGCCCCUAUCUGCUGAGGUGUCAUUGUCUGACAGCGCUGUGUGUGUGUGUGUGUGUGUGUGUGUGAGUGUAAGCUGUGUGCGUGUGUGCGACAUCACUGUAUGUGUGCGCAUGCGUGCAUGUUUGUGUGUGUGCUCACAUAUCUGUGUGUGUGAGGCUCUGAAAGGCUAAAGCCCUGACCAUGCAGAGGCAGAGCAGACAUUCUGUUCUACUGCAGCUGGUGGCAAAGUUCUGAUUAUGUGCUCUACUAACUAGGAACUCUGUAUAUGCAUCCCAAAUGGCACCCUUUUCCCUAUUUAGUGCACUACUUCCCUAUAGACCCUGGCCAAAAGUAGUGCACUAAAAAGAGAAUAGGGUGCCAUUUGGGACUCAUCAUGUGAAACACAGCAGGCAGGGUGGGUGGCUGCGCCAGUCAGGUCGCUCAAGAUUCACUUUGAAAUUGGACAUCCAUCCAUGUCCCAAGGACAUCAGGAAUGCCUUCAAAACCAGCCAGUAGGGACAACGUUUGUUUGUUUGUUUUAACCCUAUCCCAAACAGGAACCCUUAACUUAACCAUUCGGAAUGAAUGCCUAAACUUAACCAUGGAGUUGUUUUUAUUAUAACCCUAUGCCAAAUCUUAACCCAUAACCAUUCGGAUGAAUGGAGGAGGAACUGCAGCAGGAGGAGCAACCCAGGCUGUCAAAAACAUAUAGAAAUGUGACAUUUGGAGCAACUUCGAAAAUUGACGUUUGGAUACAGUGGGGGAAAAAAGUAUUUAGUCAGCCACCAAUUGUGCAAGUUCUCACACUUAAAAAGAUGAGAGAGGCCUGUAAUUUUCAUCAUAGGUACACGUCAACUAUGACAGACAAAAUGAGAAAAAAAUUCCAGAAAAUCACAUUGUAGGAUUUUUAAUGAAUUUAUUUGCAAAUUAUGGUGGAAAAUAAGUAUUUGGUCAAUAACAAAAGUUUCUCAAUACUUUGUUAUAUACCCUUUGUUGGCAAUGACACAGGUCAAACGUUUUCUGUAAGUCUUCACAAGGUUUUCACACACUGUUGCUGGUAUUUUGGCCCAUUCCUCCAUGCAGAUCUCCUCUAGAGCAGUGAUGUUUUGGGGCUGUCGCUGGGCAACACAGACUUUCAACUCCCUCCAAAGAUUUUCUAUGGGGUUGAGAUCUGGAGACUGGCUAGGCCACUCCAGGACCUUGAAAUGCUUCUUACGAAGCCACUCCUUCGUUGCCCGGGCGGUGUGUUUGGGAUCAUUGUCAUGCUGAAAGACCCAGCCACGUUUCAUCUUCAAUGCCCUUGCUGAUGGAAGGAGGUUUUCACUCAAAAUCUCACGAUACAUGGCCCAUUCAUUCUUUCCUUUACACGGAUCAGUCGUCCUGGUCCCUUUGCAGAAAAACAGCCCCAAAGCAUGAUGUUUCCACCCCCGUGCUUCACAGUAGGUAUGGUGUUCUUUGGAUGCAACUCAGCAUUCUUUGUCCUCCAAACACGACGAGUUGAGUUUUUACCAAAAAGUUAUAUUUUGGUUUCAUCUGACCAUAUGACAUUCUCCCAAUCCUCUUCUGGAUCAUCCAAAUGCACUCUAGCAAACUUCAGACGGGCCUGGACAUGUACUGGCUUAAGCAGGGGGACACGUCUGGCACUGCAGGAUUUGAGUCCCUGGCGGCGUAGUGUGUUACUGAUGGUAGGCUUUGUUACUUUGGUCCCAGCUCUCUGCAGGUCAUUCACUAGGUCCCCCCGUGUGGUUCUGGGAUUUUUGCUCACCGUUCUUGUGAUCAUUUUGACCCCACGGGGUGAGAUCUUGCGUGGAGCCCCAGAUCGAGGGAGAUUAUCAGUGGUCUUGUAUGUCUUCCAUUUCCUAAUAAUUGCUCCCACAGUUGAUUUCUUCAAACCAAGCUGCUUACCUAUUGCAGAUUCAGUCUUCCCAGCCUGGUGCAGGUCUACCAUUUUGUUUCUGGUGUCCUUUGACAGCUCUUUGGUCUUGGCCAUAGUGGAGUUUGGAGUGUGACUGUUUGAGGUUGAGGACAGGUGUCUUUUAUACUGAUAACAAGUUCAAACAGGUGCCAUUAAUACAGGUAACGAGUGGAGGACAGAGGAGCCUCUUAAAGAAGAAGUUACAGGUCUGUGAGAGCCAGAAAUCUUGCUUGUUUGUAGGUGACCAAAUACUUAUUUUCCACCAUAAUUUGCAAAUAAAUUCAUUAACAAUCCUACAAUGUGAUUUUCUGGAUUUUUUUUCCUCAUUUUGUCUGUCAUAGUUGACGUGUACCUAUGAUGAAAAUUACAGGCCUCUCAUCUUUUUAAGUGGGAGAACUUGCACAAUUGGUGGCUGAUUAAAUACUUUGUAGUGUUACAGAUUCCGCGAUAGAAAUGUCAAGUUAAUUUACAUACGUAUUCAGACCCCUUGCUAAGAGACUCGAAAUUGAGCCUAGAUGCAUCCUGUUUCCAUUGAUCAUCCUUGAGAUGUUUCUACAACUUUAUUGGAGUCCACCUGUGGUAAAUUCAAUUGAUUGGACAUGAUUUGGAAAGGCAUACGCCUGUCUAUAUAAGGUCCCACAGUUGACAGUGCAUGUCAGAGCAAAAACUAAGCCAUGAGGUCAAAGGAAUUAUCCGUAGAGCUUCGAGACUGGAUCGUGUCAAGGCACAGAUCUGGGGAAGGGUACCAAAAAAUGUCUGCAGCAUUUAAGGUCUGCAGCAUUGAAGGUCCCCAAGAACACAGUGGCAUCCAUCAUACUUAAAUGGAAGAAGUUUGGAACCACCAAGACUCUUCCUAGAGCUGGCCGCCCGGCCAAAUUGAGCAAUCGGGGGAUAAGGGCCUUGGUCAGGGAGGUGACCAAUAACCCGUUGGUCACUGUGACAGAGCCCCAGAGUUCCUCUGUGGAGAUGGGACAACCUCCCAGAAGGACAACCUCUCUGCAGCACUCCACCAAUCAGGCCUUUAUGGUAGAGUGGCCAGACGGAAGCCACUGCUCAGUAAAAGGCACAUGACAGCCCACUUGGAGUUUGCCAAAAGGCACCUAAAGGACAUUCAGACCAUGAGAAACAAGAUGCCCUGGUCUGAUGAAACCAAGAUUGAACUCUUUGGCCUGAAUGCCAAACGUCACAUCUGGAGGAAACCUGGCACCAGCGGCAGGGACAGGGUGACUAGUCAGGAUCGAGGGAAAGAUGAACGAAGAUCCUUGAUGAAAAACUGCUCCAGAGCGUUCAGGACCAGAGACUGGGGCGAAGGUUCACCUUCCAACAGGACAAUGACCCUAAGCACACAGCCAAGACAAUGCAGGAGUGGCUUUGGGACAAGUCUCUGAAUGUCCUUGAGUGGCCCAGCCAGAGCCCGGACUUGAACCCGAUCGAACAUCUCUGGAGAGACCUGAAAAUAGCUGAGCAGCGACGCUCCCUAUACAACCUGACAGAGCUUGAGAGGAUCUGCAGAGAAGAAUGGGAGAUACUACCCAAAUACAAGUGUGCCAAGCUUGUAGCGUCAAACCCAAGAAGACUUGAGUCUGUAAUCGCUGCCAAAGGUGCUUCAACAAAGUACUAAGUAAAGGGUCUGAUUACUUACAGUACCAGUCAAAAGUUUGGACACACCUACUCAUUCAAGGUUUUUAAAUUAUUUUUACUAUUUUCUACACUGUAGAAUAAUAGUGAAGACAUCAAAACUAUGAAAUAGCACAUAUGGAAUCAUGUAGUAACCAAAGAAGUGUUAAACAAACCAAAAUAUAUUUUAGAUUUUAGAUUCUUCAAAGUAACUACCCUUUUCCUUGAUGACAGCUUUGCACACUCUUGGCAUUCUCUCAACCAGCUUCAUGAGGAAUGUUUUUCCAACAGGCUUGAAGGAGAUCUCACAUAUGCUUUUCCUUAUCUAUGCGGUCCAACUCAUCCCAAACCAUCUCAAUUGGGUUGAGGUCGGGUGAUUGUGGAGGCCAGGUCAUCUGAUGCAACACUCCAUGACUCUCCUUCUUGGUCAAAUAGCCCUUACACAGCCUGGAGGUGUGUUUUUGGUCAUUGUCCUGUUGAAAAACAAAUGAUAGUCCCACUAAGCGCAAACCAGAUGGGAUGGCGUAUCGCUACAGAAUGCUGUGGUAGCCAUGCUGGUUAAGUGUGCCUUGAAUUCUAAAUAAAUCACAGACAGUGUCACCAGCAAAGCACCCCCACAGCAUCACACCUCCUCCUCCGUGCUUCAUGGUGGGAACCACACAUGCGGAGAUCAUCCGUUCACCUACUCUGCGUCUCACAAAGACAUGGCCGUUGGAACCAAAAAUCUCACAUUUUGGACUCAUCAGACCAAAGGACAUAUUUUCAAUGGUCUAAUGUCCAUUGCUUGAGUUUCUUGGCCCAAGCAAGUAUCUUCUUAUUAUUGGUGUCCUUUUGGAGUGGUUCCUUUGCAGCAAUUUGACCAUGAAGGCCUGAUUCACUCAGUCUCCUCUUAACAGUUGAUGUUGAGAUGUGUCUGUGACUUGAACUCUGUGAAGCAUUUAUUUGUGCUGCAAUUUGAGGUGCAGUUAACUCUAAUAAACUUAUCUUCUGCAGCAGAGGUAACUCUGGUGGAAAAAGUCAAGGGGUCUGAAUACUUUCCGAAUGCACUUUACCCUGCUGUACUGACGUGUAAGCAUCUCAUGCCAAAAUCAUAUAUUGAUAUGGAUAAGGAGCACAGGGACUGUACAAUACUGGUAAGAGGGUAAAGAGUAUGCAUUAAAAACCACUUAAUUAUAUUAAGUUAAUGAAGUGGAUACUUGAAUUGAAUGCAGAAUACCAAUUAUUGUAGUUGUUGCUUCUUUUUUACUGACGUUAGGAUUGUUGGGAUUUUAUAGCAUAGACCUCAUCCAGAGAGUGGCUGCAUUUUCCUAGUCCAUUUUAAUCAGAGGACAGGACUGCUCCGUGCUGCUUCCUCAAUUAUUUAAGUGAAAUCCUUCAGUGUGCUUAAAGCAGUCUCCCCAUUUUCUCUCUUUCUCCCUCCCUCUCUCUCUCUUUCCCCCUUCUUUCUUUCUCACUCUCCCUCUGUGUCUCCCCCUCUCGGUAUCUCCCCCUUUUCUCCUCCUCUCUCUGUUCUUUCUCUCUCUGUCCCCCGCUCUCCCCCUCCCUUCUCUCACAGUCCUUCUCUAUUCCUCCAUUCUUUCUCUCUGGCAAUACUCUCUUCCAACAUCUCUCCAUCUCAGUUUAGUCUGAAAACAGUCCAGCAGCUUUCACUUAAUGCCCCCCUCCCUUCCUAUUGUAGCAGCCACACAUUAGUAGCAGCUCAUUCUUUCUUUAAGGAGAUUGCUGGAAGGAGCAGGGAAUCAAUACAGUAAAGCCUCAGAGACACACUGGGUUAAUGUAAUAGGAGUGGGUGAAAUACGGGACGGAGAGGAGAGGAGAGGGGAGGAAGGGUGAGGAGAGUAGAGGAGAGGAGAGAAGAGGAGGGGUGAGGAGAGGAAAGGAGAGGGGAGAAGGGGUGAGGAGAGAUUAGGAGGGAAGGGAGGAGAGGAGAGGACAGGAGAGAAGGGAAAGGAGGGUGGGAGAGGAGAGGAAAGGUGUAGGGGAGGAGAGGACAUGACAGGAGAGUAGGGGAGAGAGAAGGAGGGGAAGGGAGGAGAGGAGCGCAGAAGAGAGGAGAGGUCAACACUAGCCAUGUCUCAGCAGCAGGAGACUAAGGCUGAGAGCUUCUAGACCCCCCUACCAGACGUCACAUCAGCAGAGUAGGCCCACUCAACAGGAGAGGCCAUGCUGGAGCUUGUGUUGCCUGGAUGGAUGAUUUCCUCUCAGAUGGGGGUCAAAGACCCAUCAAACAACCGUUAUGCUCUCUAACAUCCAUCAUGGAACAUGUCUGUAAUUCUACAGUAGAAAGAACAAGUGAAAAAGUCCACAAUAGCUCUAUUCCUAUACAUCCCUAUAACACUACAGUUAAUGUACUAGAGCAUAGACAAUACCACACUAGCCCUAGUGCAAGCCCAAGUCAGUCCCAGUUUCAUUUAUCCUAAUAUGCUUUAGACCUUUCCGUUGUCUCUGUCUGUCUUUCUGAAGGCCCCUGUCUGCAAGAUGUGUGCUAAGGGCUCUGCUGUGUCCUCAGUGGCAGACGGACGGACUGACACAGUCAGAGUCAUCAGAGGGGGUGGCAGUGAGUCAAAGCAUUAUUGUUGCUGAAAGGUGAAGAGAGAGUCAGCUAAUAUAAAUCUCUCCAUUCAUUAUUGAUGUGAGGGAGCCUGUGAAUUCCUCUGCUUUACAUUACUCUGGGGUAGAAAGCUAGGCUAACAGACGCUAGGCUUCUCUCCCUGCCCUCCUUCAGAUAUCAUCUAUCUAACCAGAACCAAACCACACUAGCUCCCACGCAUGAACCCGAUAGUGACCUUACCAUGCCUCUAACUUACAAGGUAAUCUCUAGGUGCCUAAUAAACACACACACAGUGUAGAACUGUUAUUGAAGUCUCUCACAGACUAAUGUCAACUAUUUUCUGAAUCACUGUGCUUGUCAUUGAUUGAGUUUGUAUAGACAAACAUCGCCGUCAUCUCCAGAUACCUCUGGUCUUAGUCACCUCGGGAAUGAAAGCAGACUCACAAAAGGCGAGUGAACCCUCUAAUUAAAUAUCAAGUGAAAAUGUUCUGAAGUGAUACAAAAAAUAAAAUAAAUGCUCUUUUGAAUGUGUUUAUUCAGGUAUGCAGUCAGUCAGUUCAAGCUAAUCUAACAGCUGCAUGAACAAACAGAAGGUUUACUCAUAGAAACAGAAUUACAGACCCAUUGACUCGAUCAGGAAUUUUCAUUCUAGCAAUUCUAUUUCUAUGGGUUUUAAUCACUGUUUCAGUCCAAGGCAAUUCCACGCCUUAGUCACCACCACCGUCAGCGUCCGUUAGGAGCCUUGGAUACCUGGGUCAUGUGAUCAGGUUGUUGUGAGCCUACCUGACGUCAUGCUUGAGUGAUUCAGUUAGCCCAUGGCCUCUGUAAUCUAAAUCUAGUUACAACACCAUUCCCCUCUCCUGUGGUUGCACACACAUGCACAUAUGCAGGCAGGCACGCACACAAGCACAAACACACACACACACUAGUUAUAACAACAUUCCUCUCUUGAGGUUGCAUGCAGACAUUUUCCUCCCUUCAUUCUAUAGCGGUUACAUUGCAGAGCUGGGGUUUGCCACAACACAACCGCUCAGCAGCAUAACACGCCAUUACAACCCACCAUGGUAACAGUAACAUGGCACUGCCAUAAAGCCACCUGUUUUAUCAACAGGGCUCGUUUAGCCUAUUUGUCUUCACAAAUAGAGAGAGAUCAACCUCUAUGCCUUUUGCACAUGUUCUCUGUAAGUAGAGUGGAGGCAGCAGUGUGUAGUAGCUAGCAGCUCUGUCCCUCCCUAUGGUGUAAGUGUACUGCAUGUGUGACAGGACUGGAAGUGACUGUUGUACAGGGCAAACCUGGCUAAGCCAUCAUGUUACUGCGGGAUCUGGGGGAGUGUGUGGGCAGAGUGGAGGGUAGACAUGUCACAAUGCUACAACACGCGCACACACACACGCGCACACACACACACAAACACAGCUAUGAUGGAGGGGGGCAUGCAGCAGGCAGGCAGGCAGGCAGGCAGGCAGGCAGGCAGACAGACAGGCAGAUGCACGUCUUGGGAAUGGGGAGUCAUUGCUUACUUACGUAUGGCGGCACAAUACAUUAAUCUACAGGGGACCUUAAAGCCACUACAGCUGGGUCUCAAGAAAGAUGCUCCUAUAGGGAGGCAUUAUUCCUUACAGUCUAUGGAAGCAUUGCUUAAUUGCUUAUGGUGGCACAAUACGCCUGUGAAGAAUGGCAUGCCAGGCUUCCAGCUGUACUUUAGAGAGGUAUACACUGACUGCACAAAACAUUAAGAAUAAUAUUGAGUUGCACAAUAUUGAGUUGCACCCCCUUUUGCCCUCAGAACAGCCUCAAUUUGUUGGGGCAUUGACUCUACAAGGUGUCGAACGCAUUCCACAGGGAUGCUGGCCCAUGUUGACUCUGAAGCUUCCCACAGUUGUGUCAAGUUGGCUGGAUGUCCUUUGUGUGGCGCAGUGGUCUAAGGCACUGCAUCGCAGUGCUAGCUGUGCCACUAGAGAUCCUGAUUCGAGUCCAGGCUCUGUCGCGCCGGCCGCGACCGGGAGACCCAUGGGCGGCGCACAAUUGGUCCAAGGUAGGGGAGGGUUUGGCUGGCAGGGAUGUGGGUUCGUUUCCCACGGGGGGCCAGUAUAAAAAAAAUAGAUUUAAAAAAGUGUGCAUUUACUAACUGUAAGUCGCUCUGGAGAAGCGCGUCUGUUAAAUGACUAAAAUGUCAAUGUGUGGUGGACCAUUCUUGAUACACACGAGAAACUGUUGAGCGUGAAAAUCACAUCAGCGUGCAGUUCUUGACACACUCAAACCGGUGCGCCUGGCACCUACUACCAUACCCCGUUCAAAGGCACACUACCUUCGGAAAGGAUUCAGACCCCUUGACAUUUUCCACAUUUUGUUACGUUACAGCCUUAUUCUAAAAUAGAAAAAAAAAAUAUAUAUAUACAGUGGGGAAAAAAAGUAUUUAAUCAGCCACCAAUUGUGCAAGUUCUCCCACUUAAAAAGAUGAGAGAGGCCUGUAAUUUUCAUCAUAGGUACACGUCAACUAUGACAGACAAAAUGAGGGGAAAAAAUCCAGAAAAUCACAUUGUAGGAUUUUUAAUGAAUUUAUUUGCAAAUUAUGGUGGAAAAUAAGUAUUUGGUCACCUACAAACAAGCAAGAUUUCUGGCUCUCACAGACCUGUAACUUCUUCUUUAAGAGCCUCCUCUGUCCUCCACUCGUUACCUGUAUUAAUGGCACCUGUUUGAACUUGUUAUCAGUAUAAAAGACACCUGUCCACAACCUCAAAUAGUCACACUCCAAACUCCACUAUGGCCAAGACCAAAGAGCUGUCAAACAGACACCAGAAACAAAAUUGUAGACCUGCACCAGGCUGGGAAGACUGAAUCUGCAAUAGGUAAGCAGCUUGGUUUGAAGAAAUCAACUGUGUGAGCAAUUAUUAGGAAAUGGAAGACAUACAAGACCACUGAUAAUCUCCCUCGAUCUGGGGCUCCACGCAAGAUCUCACCCCGUGCGGUCAAAAUGAUCACAAGAACGGUGAGCAAAAAUCCCAGAACCACACGGGGGGACCUAGUGAAUGACCUGCAGAGAGCUGGGACCAAAGUAACAAAGCCUACCAUCAGUAACACACUACGCCGCCAGGGACUCAAAUCCUGCAGUGCCAGACGUGUCCCCCUGCUUAAGCCAGUACAUGUCCAGGCCCAUCUGAAGUUUGCUAGAGUGCAUUUGGAUGAUCCAGAAGAGGAUUGGGAGAAUGUCAUAUGGUCAGAUGAAACCAAAAUAUAACUUUUUGGUAAAAACUCAACUUGUCGUGUUUGGAGGACAAAGAAUGCUGAGUUGCAUCCAAAGAACACCAUACCUACUGUGAAGCAUGGGGGUGGAAACAUCAUGCUUUGGGGCUGUUUUUCUGCAAAGGGACCAGGACGACUGAUCCGUGUAAAGGAAAGAAUGAAUGGGGCCAUGUAUCGUGAGAUUUUGAGUGAACACCUCCUUCCAUCAGCAAGGGCAUUGAAGAUGAAACGUGGCUGGGUCUUUCAGCAUGACAAUGAUCCCAAACACACCACCCGGGCAACAAAGGAGUGGCUUCGUAAGAAGCAUUUCAAGGUCCUGGAGUGGCCUAGCCAGUCUCCAGAUCUCAACCCCAUAGAAAAUCUUUGGAGGGAGUUGAAAGUAUGUGUUGCCCAGCGACAGCCCCAAAACAUCACUGCUGUAGAGGAGAUCUCCAUGGAGGAAUGGGCCAAAAUACCAGCAACAGUGUGGGAAAACCUUGUGAAGACUUACAAAAAAUGUUUGACCUGUGUCAUUGCCAAAAAAGGGUAUAUAACAAAGAAUUGAGAAACUUUUGAUAUUGACCAAAUACUUAUUUUCCACCAUAAUUUGCAAAUAAAUUCAUUAAAAAUCCUACAAUGUGAUCUUCUGGAUUUUUUUUUCUCAUUUUGUCUGUCAUAGUUGACGUGUACCUAUGAUGAAAAUGACCGGCCUCUCUCAUCUUUUUAAGUGUGAGAACUUGCACAAUUGGUGGCUGACUAAAUACUUUUUUCCCCCACUGUAUAUAUAUAUAUAUAUAUCUUAAUCAAUCUACACACAAUACGCCAUAAUGACAAAGUGAAAACAGGUUUUUAGAAAUGUUUGCAAAUAUAUAAAAAAUAUCACAUUUACUUCAGACCCUUUACUCAGUACCUUGUUGAAGCACCUUUGGCAGCGAUUACAGCCUCAAGUCUUCUUGGAUAUGACGCUACAAGCUUGGCACACCUGUUUUUGGCGAGUUUCUCCCAUUCUUUUCUGCAGAUCGCUGCACAGCUAUUUUCAGGUCUCUCCAGAGAUGUUCGAUCGGGUUCAAGUCCGGGCUCUGGCUGGGCCACUCAAGGACAUUCAGAAACUUGUCCUGAAGCCACUCCUGCGUUGUCUUGGCUGUGUGCUUAGGGUCAUUGUCAUGCUGGAAGGUGAAUCUUCACCCCAGUCUGAGGUCUUGAGUGCUCUGGAGCAGGUUUUCAUCAAGGAUCUCUCUGUACUUUGUUCCGUUCAUCUUUCCCUCAAUCCUGACUAGUCUCCCAGUCCCUGCCAAAGAGUUCAGGCCAAAGAGUUCAAUCUUGUUUCUCAUGGUCUGAGAGUCAUUUGGGGACCUUUUGGCAAACUCCAAGCGGGCUGUCAUGUGCCUUUUACUGAGGAGUGGCUUCCGUCUGCCCACUCUACCAUAAAGAACUGAUUGGUGGAGUGCUGCAGAGAUGGUUGUCCUUCUGGAAGGUUCUCCGAUCUCCACAGAGGAACUCUGGAGCUCUGUUAGCGUGACCAUCGGGUUCUUGGUCACCUCCCUGACCAAGGCCCUUCUCCCCCGGUUUCUCAGUUUGGCCAGGCGGCCAACUCUAGGAAGAGUCUUGGUGGUUCCAAACUUCUUCCAUUUAAGAAUGAUGGAGGCCACUGUGUUCUUGGGGACCUUCAAUGCUGCAGACAUUGUUUGGUACCCUUCCCCAGAUCUGUGCCUCAACACAAUCCUGUCUCGGAGCUCUAUGGACAAUUCUUUCAACCAUCAUGUCCAAUCAAUCAAUUUCGAGUCUCAUAGCAAAGGGUCUGAAUACAUAUUUAAAUAAGGUUCUGAAAACCUUUUUAUCUCUCUGUUAUUAUGGGGUAUUGUGUGUAGAUUGAUGAGGAACAUUUUUUAUUUAAUCCAUUUUAGAAUAAGGCUGUAACGUAACAAAAUGUGGGAAAAGGGAAGGGGUCUGAAUACUUUUCGAAUGCACUGUAUGUACACACACACACACACACACACACACACACACACACACACACACAUUCACACACUCCAAGGGUGUCUCAGGGGGAGUUGGGAUAUGCAAAAAACAAAUGUCCAAUUCACACAUGCGUAUAAUACACACUUUUACAUCUGUGAAAUAGAACAAAUAUAAGCACCCAAACACACACACACACACACACACACACACACACACACACACACACACACACUGUUUAGCCACAUGUGCUCUAGGGCUAUUCAUUUUUAUAUAUUACUCUACAUACACAGAAAAAUAGCACGAAAAAGAGCCUCACUUGUGCUUCUUUCUGUCAGUCAAGUCAGCACAGGACACAUCAGGGUCAAUCCCAUUUUCAUUCAGUCAUUUCAGGAUGUAAAUUAAGUUCUGACUGAAUUUAAAUGAUAUUGACCCCAACCCUGGUGUACAGGACGUUCUUAGUAUUUAUUUACACAGCAUGAAUCCAAUGACUGAUCCUGAGAUUAGGGAGAUUUAUUAUCAAUUAUAGAUAGCUAUCCAUAUUUAUUUGCUCUUUGUACCUACAUAGAAACGUACAGUAUGGGCCGGUUUCCCAGACACAGAGAGCUUUUUGGUCCAGGACUAGCAUCUAGGAAACCAGCCCUAUAACUAAAGUCAGCCUCAUAUCCUUCUUUCUGUCAGUCGUCAACACAGUAUUUAUUAACGGAGUGUGAAUCCAAUCACCCAUCCUGAGAUCAGAGGAGAUAAAUUAUCAACAUGGGAGGUGGGCGGUGACCUUUUACUCCGUGACCCCAGGCUGUCUAGAGGAGCCUUUUGGGGGUCAUGUAGGAACAUAAUGGAGAAUGUAUUGAUUGCCCAGCUCAGUGGUAAUGUCCUCCUGGGCCGAUGUGUGCGUCCCAAUAAGCUCUCCUUUCUCCUGAAGUAGUGUAUGUUCACUACUUCCCCACAUCUUAAAUAAUUGGAUUGGUGGAGGCAUGGGCUUAUCAGAGUUUUCACCAUUAUUUCUUAUACCAGUUAUUUCCAUUAAAAUCAGUGAAGGGCAGUGAAAAAAGUGCACACUAUGGCAGAAAGGAGAGAUGAUUGGGACAUAGCCAGUAUUUACAAAAAGUGCUGAUCUAGGAUCAGUUUAGUCUUUUAGAUCAUAAUGGAUACAAAUACAUGGAUGGGGGACCUGAUACUAGAUCAGUACUUCUAAUCUGAGACACUUUAUGAAUACAGGCCCUGUAGGAUCAAAAUGCAGAUUGUAUUGAUUAUUACCGUGUGGUGAGGUGAUGUCCGACUUGUCUCUGAGCUGAUUCGCUGUGUUUUACCAUCCUUCAGCUGGACUGGGUGAAAGGGUAAACAUGUCUGGCAGUCAUAGGAAGGCAGUCCAUUUCUUGCAGGUAGAUAGGCAGGAGACCUAGAAAAGUCAUGGUAGUGGUUGGAGUAAAGAAUAAUGAUGACAGAAAUAGGCAAACGGAGCGAAACAAACACAUUUCUCCAAAGAAAUAAAAAGAAAAAGAAAUUCAAUCCAAAACAGGAUUUGGCUGUAGUAAACAAGGUAAGGGUAGUCUAGGCCUACUGUUGAGACACACUCCCCGUCAGAACACGAACACUGACUGGCACAGCUAGGUAGAAAUACCUUGAGACACCCCAUAGGCAAAAUCAUUGCCACAAGAAGCAGGGGGGCACAUAACCAAUUAAUUGGUUCAAACCUCUUUCAACCAACACAGAGGCUGUACAAACAUUUAAACCAGACUAAUAGUCAUCAUCACAUUCACAAAGGCCUUUCUAAUUCAGACCAGUAAAUGUUAUAUUAGAGUUCUCAUCAAACAAAUAAGCACAUUUACAAAAUGACAGAAUCCGCGGUAAAAAGGGCUGUGCCCCUCUCGAGCAUUCGCACACAUCCAUGCCUAGAUUUAGAGUGCGGGCGUGCACGAGCGUAACUUUGAGAGGCGGCAUACAGUAAAUCACAUGAUAAACACAAAGUAAGCAUUCAAAAUAAAUGCACAAACUGAAGGAAAAUAAUAGACAAGUUACACAGAUCAUUUGGAAACUUGGCAAGUUGGCAGCAAUAUGGGGAGCAGGGAUUUGAGUUUCUACACUAUAACAAUCUCUAGAAAAGUUGGGCGUGAGUGCGAUGCGUUCCUCUGUGUUGCUGUCCUGUUCUCCUGAAGAAGGCCUAGUUGGGGUCAAAACAUUGCUUGAUUAAACCCAGACUUGGGAGUGCCAUUACCUGGAAAAGUUUAUUUAAAAAUAUUUGCCCAAAAACAUUUCUUCCUGUGUUUGACCUUGCUCUAGCUGGACAACCUGGAUGAGCAGGCUGCCCAGAUCAGACGGGAGCUGGAUGGACGUCUCCAGAUGGCCGAUCAGAUUGCCAGGGUGAGUCUGAUAGCCUAUACACACUGCAGCAGAACAACAUCAACACACUGGUUACAUUGUGCAGAGCGACACAGAAACCUGAAUAAACAGUUUGUAAGCAUCAAAACGGCUUCACUAUGCGAGUUCCCCAAGAGCUUCAUUAUUCUAGAAACAGCUUAACAUCACAAUGAAUAUACUCAAGGCGAUAUCUGGUAAUCUAUUGAAUGACAUGUAUUCACAUUAGUGUUGACAAUACAAAAAGUUAUUUGAAUUUGAUUUUCAUUUAUUUUCUUAUUAUAAUGUCUUGCUCCGUCGGGAUGACCAGCCCACAUGGACACAAAAGCUGACUUGAAAUAUAGUAGAAAACUUUUAUGUUAUUUUUAUGUUAUGGUAAAACCCUUCAAUUUUUUCUUCUUCAAAGGGAGGCAAAUUCCCGAAGUUUGUGUCGAAGGAGAUGGAGCAGAUGUACAUAGAGGAGCUGAAGGCGUCGGUGAACCAGCUGAUGGCCAACCUGGAGAGCAUGCCUGUGUCUAAGGGAGGAGAGUUCAAACUGCAGAAGCUGAAGAAAGGACACAACACCUCCAUCAUGGACAUGGGUCAGGAGGACGAGAACACACUGUCCAAGUCUGACGUGGUACUCUCCUUCACUCUGGAGGUAGGAACCCUAUCCCUUUCUAACCCUGGUCCUGACCAUAAUCCAUCUGAACCCUAACCCUAGCCCUAAUCCUGUCCAAGUCUGAUGUGGUGCUCUUCUUGACUAUGGAGGUACUAACCCUAGCCCUGACCCUUCACCUGACUCUAGCCUUAACCCUGUCUAGGAAGGUUAAGACCUCAGCAUUUUGGCAUUAUGAGAGAAUAUCCUAAAUACAAUGUUACCCUUUCUCCAACGUGAUUUUCCCAGUAACAAAGAAGUCAUACUGUAAGCAUAAAUCCAUUUGAAUAGAGAUUAAUACCAUACAAAUUCUCAAUAGAAACAGUACCUCUCAGAGAGCUCCACCUUAUUAUCCCGAGAUUCUGUCUGUCAGACAAACCUUUUCACCUGCCUCUGUCUUUAUAAAGAGAAUGAGUCAUCAUAAACAUUAUCAACAUAUUUAUUAACAAAGGCUCUAUGUUCACUGUCUGCAGGGCAAGGAAAACAGAGCUUGACAUGCUUUAGCACUAUCUAUUGAUGUCUGUGGUGGUGGUGGUGAUGAUAUAGCAAUAUAUAUCUGGAAAACUAGAUCUGAUCUGCACUUUCAUUGGUCUAUUGAUUAUUUUAGCACAUUAAUACAUUCCAUGCCAAAGUCCCAAGGUGUGUUUGCUUAUAGUUUUCUUCUCUCUCAAUAGAUUUAUAUAAUUCUAGACCCGGGCCCCUAUUCACAAAGCGUCUCAGAGUAGGAGUGCGGAAUGAUCUAGGAUCAGAUCCUCCCUCUUAUUUGUUAUGCUUUAAAAGGCCAAACUGAUCCUAGAUCAGCACUCUUACUCUGAUACGCUUUCGAAUAUAAACCCAGUAUAGAUUGCAAACAGAUGGCCCUCUAGCCAUAAAGAAGGAGAAGAAAAAUAGAUGGAAGCUUUCAGGAAGAACAAUCUGCCUAAAUGACUCCUCUACAGUACUCCCCGAUCACUGGUGUAGACUUCCAUUGUUUAGUUAUAAAUCACAGAUCACAAGGUAGACCUGGAUAAUGUAGUGAAACAAAAUUAAAACCUCCUUUUUAAAUUUCAUAGCAACUUCGUUACUCAUCAUUCAUCAUAACAAGAGUUAUUAUGAUCUAAGAGAAUUCAGUAUAUGUAGAAGAGCUGUUUCUGUUACCCUAGCUACUGUAGGGCAGAUUAAUACUGCUCCCUCCCAGUCCCAGCAGUUGAUUGUAGUGGGGAGCAGAGCAGAUGCAGUGAUUAUGGUGCUAGGACUGAAACUACUGCUUUAUAGAUUGGAGAGGCUGGCCUGAUUUGGAAUUUAGUGAUGGAGUUUUUGGCCUCCAUUGUCUUUUCCUUUUCAAUGAUAAUGAGUUCUAGUUUGCUUGAGUAGGCCUAAAUGUUAGCAUAUUUUUCUCAGUCGGGGUGUAGUGUAGUUUAAGAUAGUGGUUCUCAACUGGUUUUGGGUCUGGACCCAAAUUGAACCAGGUUGUCUUAGUAAUAUUCACAUAUAAUUUUUUUAUAUGACAAGGGAACAACAUUUUUCAUUGUUAAUAAUUCCAUAUUGAUAAUAUUCUUGAUGGAAAAUGGUAAUAAGCUCACUUGUUUGAGACCACAAAAUCAACCAAAUCCACUAAAUAGCGCUGCUAAUAGCUCUAUAUUGAAAACACUGUGAUAAAUCAUUCAGAGAUUAAAUUAAAUUAUUUAAUCACUUUCUACCACAUUUUUAUUUAUUUUUUACUCAGAAAUCCGGGACCCAUUCAAAACCUCCAGACCCAAAUUUGGGCCGUGACCCACCAGUUGAGAAUCACUGGUUUAAGAAAUGCUGUAAAUGUUGUUGACCAAUAGCACUUAGGGGAUAAUUACUUUUAGAGUAAUGUAUUCGUUAAUGUUUUUUUAAUGAGGUUAUAUGCAUUUACCUUUUACCUGUUGGUUUAUGGUCUUGGAUCAACAAGGUCAAGGAGACUGUUGUGGUCAUGUAUAGGGCACCCUAGACAGUUAGGGGUUAAUGGUUCAUGGGUUUACAGGGUGAGUGCUGGGACCUGUUCAGGAGGGUGCAUCGUAACAGAACACCGUAAGCAUAAGUCCAUUUGAAUAGAGAUUAAUACCAUACACAUUUUCUAUAGAAACAUUACCUCUCAGAGAGCUCCACCCUAUUAUCCUGAGGUUCUCUCUGUCAGACAGACCUUUUCACCUACCUCGGUCUUUAUAAAGAGAAUGAGUCAUCAUAAACAUUAUCAACCUAUUUAUUAACAAUAGCUCAAUGUUCACUGUCUACAGGGCAAGGAAAACAGAGCUUGACAUGCUUUAGCACUAUCUAUUGAUGUCUGUGGUGGUGGUGGUGGUGAUGAUAUAGCAAUAUAUAUCUCAGCUGGCCCUUUGGAAAACCAGAUCUGAUCUGCAUUUUCAUUGGUCUAUUUAUUAUUUUAGCACAUUAAUACAUUCCAGGCCAAAGUCCCAAGGUGUGUUUGCUUAGGGACAUAUCUAAAUUUACUGGAGGGAGGGUGGUCCUAAAUAAGGGAGGGAUGUCAAACUUUAUUUUUAGCUUUGGGGAGGGUUCGGUGGGUUUUUUGGGACACAGGGGAGGGUAGUGCAUUUUUUCCAUGUUUUACAUUUGCUCUUCUGCUCGUAUUUUCCCUAUAAACAAUGUUUUUACUUACUUUUGAUAUUACCUUAAUAAAGUUUUGAAACGUUUGUGAAGGUUUGGUAUAGUGUGGCUAUUAUUAAGCUUUAGCUACUGCAGGUCUAUGAUAUGAAGGCAGUGCGCCCCGGCGCUCCAACUGACACCGACAGUUAAACUUGAGGUGAGGAAGACUGUUUCAGACCUACCAGAGUUACUCCUAUAAUCUAACAAUAUAAUACUUAUCUUUAUGCAACAUAUUUGGAUUGAAAAUUAACAGAUUACCCUCUUUUUGUACGUCUAUAUCUGUAUAGCAGAUGCAGUAGCCAUCUGACAUAAAGAAAUGCAUGUCGGUGUCGUAGCAUGCCACGGGCAUAUCUCUAUCUCUCUGGGGUUAUACCUAAGCUUCUCUUCCUUUAUUUAUAUAUUUAUAUAUAUAUAUAUAUAUAUUCAAAUAUGAAUGUCAUACAGUGGACACCUAAGCCUAUAGGCCUUUGCAUGCAAUACCCUGAUACAUUUAGUGCUAAAAUCUCUGACAGCUGAACCGUGAGGUGGACAAUUAUUCUGUUAUUAAAGUAGCCUAACCCCCCCCCCCCCCCCCCCCCCCAAAGAAUAGUCUAUAAAAUGUUUGCAUAUGCUACACAUCGAAACAUAAAGAAUAGUGUUUUUGUAAUUUGUUAUAGGCUGUUUUAAGGACAUGUAAUUGUGGCUCAUUUGGCCAACAUCCCUUGUUUAUUGAUGCGACAGUUUGGAUCUGAAUGCAUGUGGAUUUCCAUAAAACUUCUCAAAUGUCCGGUAAAUAAAAAUCUUCCCUGUCAUGUUGUCCAGUGCAAAUGUUCCUAAAGGAAACUCUGAAAUGGCAUAUUGUUUUUAAGAAGAUUUUAGAAUAUUCACAUGAAAAUCAGUAACCAAUUGGAUAUAAACCUAGCUAUAGACACCCUAAAGACUCUGGCAAGGGCGCUAGUCCAGUGUCACUUUGAUUAAGCCUGCACAUCAUGGUUCACCAUCAGCUCCAAAAAUCUAAAGAAUAAGCUACCAGCCAAUCAACCUUGUAAGAAUUGUACUUAAAGGCUUAAACAUCAUUCUUUAACCUUUUACUGCAGUGGGCUAAAUCAGGGUCACACAGAGUUCUUCUUGGUUGUCUUAAACAAAUCUACUUUGAAGCAAAAGUAUACACCUCACACACAUGGUAUGGGUUUAAAAAAAGAAGUCACCUGUACCAUGUCAGAUAUAGAGUUGAAAUGUAUUCAAUUUUGAGUUUCCAUCACAAUGUUACACUUUAUAUACAUCACAGAAGACUGAAAUAUAAAAAAGCAGUUUGAUGUAGAAACACCAGAAUUUCUGCGUAGUACAUAAAAUAAAAUAAAGUUGAUUAAUAAUGAAAUUAUGAAAAAUAAAACUGAUCCUAGAUCAGCACUCGUACUCUGAUACGCUUUUGAAUAUAAACCCAGUAUAGAUUGCAAACAGAUGGCCCUCUAGCCAUAAAGAAGGAGAAGAAAAAUAGAUGGAAGCUUUCAGGAAGAACAAUCUGCCUAAAUGACUCCUCUAGAGUACACCCCAAUCACUGGGGUAUACUUCCAUUGUUUAGUUAUAAAUCACAGAUCACAAGGUAGACCUGGAUAAUGUAGUGAAAUAAAAUAAAACAUUUCAUAGCAACUUCAUUACUCAUCAUAAUAACUCCUGUUAUGAUGAAUGAUCUAAGAGAAUUCAGUAUAUGCAGAAGAGCUGUUUCUGUUCCCUUAGCUACUUUAGGAGAAGGAAGUAUAAUUUUAGCAUGGGCAGAUUAAUACUGCUCCCUCCCAGUCUCAGCAGUUGAUUGUAGUGGGGAGCAGAGCAGAUGCAGUGAUUAUGGUGCUAGGACUGAAACUACUGCUUUAUAGAUUGGAGAGGCUGGCCUGAUUUGUAGCUUCUGUCAUGGAAUUUAGUGAUGGGGUUUUUGGCCCCCAUUGUCUUUCCCUUUUUAAUGAUAAUGAGUUCUAGUUUGCUUGAGUAGGCCUAAAUGUUAGCAUCUUUCUCUCAGUCGGGGUGUAGUGUAGUUUAAGACAGUGGUUCUCAACUGGUUUUAGGUCAGGACCCAAAUUGAACCAGGUUGUCUUAGUAAUAUUCACAUCUCAAUUUUCUUUUUGCCAAAAUACAAUCUGGAAAACUACUGUACUUUUUAUGCUAUGCUGGGAGUGAAUGGAGCAAUUAUAUGACAAGGGAACAACAUUUUUCAUUGUCCAUAAUUACAAAUGGAUCAUAUUCUUGAUGGAGAAUGGUAAUAAGCUCACUGGUUUGAGACCACAAAAUCUACCAAAUCCACUAAAUAGAGCUGAUAAUCUAUAUUGAAAAUAGUGUGAUUGAAGAAAAAUUAUUCAGAGAUGAAAUUAUGUAAUCACUUUCUACCACUUUCUACCUGGUUUUAGUUGUUUAGUCAUUCAGACUGGAGUAUUUUUCAUCAACAUUCUUUUUUAUUCAUACACCCAUUCAAAACCUCCCAUGACCCAAAUUUGGGCCACGACCCACCAGUUGAGAAUCACUGGUUUAAGACAUACCGUAAAUGUUGUUGACCAAUAGAGCUUAGGGGGUUAAUGACUUUUAGAGUGAUGUAUCACGUUUCAGGAGAAGACCCAGAUGCAGACAGUGUCGAAGUAACAAAAGUUUAUUACAAAAACAGGGGGCAGGCAAGCGAAAGGUCAAGGGCAGGCAGAGGUCAGUAAUACAGAUCAGAGUCCAAAAGGUACAGAACGGCAGGCAGUCUCAAGGUCAGGGCAGGCAGAGGUCAAUAAUCCAGGGUGGUGUGACAAGGUACAGAAUGUCAGGCAGGCUCAGGGUCAGGGUCAGGGCAGGCAGAAUGGUCAAAACCAGGAAAACUAGGAAACUUGAGAAAGACAGGAGCAAGGGGAAAACAGCUGGUCGGCUUGACAAAACAAAACAAACUGGCAACAGACAAACAGAGAACACAGGUAUAAAUACACUGGGGAUAAUGGGGAAGAUGGGCGACACCUAGAGGGGGGUGGAGACAAUCACAAAGACAGGUGAAACAGAUCAGGGUGUGACAAAUGUAUUCGUUAAUGGGUUUUUUAUGAGGUUAUAUGCAUUUACUGUACCUUUGUUGGUUUAUGUCUUGGAUCAACAAGGUCACGGAGCGUGUUGUAGUCAUGUAUAGGGCACCAUAGACAGUUAGGGGUUAAUGGUUCAUGGCUUUACAGGGUGAGUGCUUGGGCCUGUUCAGGAGGGUGCAACGUAACAGAACACUCAGAUAUAAAUAUAUUGUCUAGACUAGGCUCCCGAGAAGCACAGCGGUUUAAGGCACUGCAUCUCAGUGCUUGAGGCGUCACUACAGACCCCCUGGUUCGAUUCCAGGCUGUAUCACAACCGGCCGUGAUUGGGAGUCCCAUAGGGCAGCGCACAAUUGGCCCAGCGUCGUCCAGGUUUGGCCGGUGUAGGCCGUCAUUAUAAAUAAGAAUUUGUUCUUAACUGACUUGCCUAGUUAAAUAAAAGUUAAAUAAAGAAAUACAUAAAAAACUAGACCAGAGUAAUGUCAGCUCUAUAUUUGAUACAUUUCUGCUACAUUGUGAACCUUACCGCAUACACCCGUGGUUUCACGACCUGCUGUUUAUUCCCUCCAGGUGGUGAUCAUGGAGGUGGUGGGCCUGAAGUCUCUGGCUCCUAACAGGAUCGUGUACUGCACCAUGGAGGUGGAGGGAGGGGAGAAACUGCAGACAGACCAGGCUGAGGCCUCCAAGCCAACGUAAGAACCUUCUAUCUCUUUCUCUGCCAUAUAGAUACAUAUCAAAACUAUCUCUUCGGGUUCAACACCUUAAGUUGGUUCAGGUUCAUUGUGGUUACAGCCUUUCGUCAACCCUUCCUGAAUGUUAAAAGUGGUGAUGAUGAUGAUGAUGAUGAUGAAGGAAUUAUCAUGUGAAUGGGUGUUCGCAGACUGGAUCCUGAGUCUGUCUGCUGUUAUAAAGGAAGCAGUCUGUAAUGUUACAGUGUGUCUGUGAUGCCAGCCACUCUCCUGUGAUGUGAUGUUCAGCUCGUGAUUAUUAACUGUUUUAGAGACUCGUCCUCUUGCUCUCUCACUGAUUCAGGUGCCAUUUUAUAAUGAGAGGGAGAUGAGAGAAAAAUAGUAGAGAGAGAGAAGGGGGACAGAGGGAGAAAGAGGAGAGAGAUAGAUGAAGGACAGGCAUGAAAAUACAAAAUGACAGGAUGACAGACAAAGUGGUAGAGAAAAGGGGGAGAAAGAUGAGAGCGAAUGAGAUGGGGGAGAGAGGGGGGAGAGGCGGGGGAGAGAGAGGGGGAAGAGGCGGGGGAGAGAGAGGGGGGAGAGGCGGGGGAGAGAGGAGGAAAUAGAAGCUAGAGAGGUAGAGGGUAAAGAGAGGGAAAAAGAGAGAGGGUAAAGAGAGAGAGAUGGGGAGAUGGAGGUAGAGAGAUGGGGAGAUGGAAGUAGAGAGAUGGAAGUAGAGCGAAGGAGAGAUGGAGGUAGAGAGAUGGGGAGAGCAGUCUCUGUGUGUUGCCCUACUCCAGUGCAGCCAGGCGGGUAGAGUGAUUAGGACACGGCAUCUCAAUGGAGCAGGAGAGAGUCCCCCUCCAGCACUCCUGGAAAUGACAAGCAUCUCGUGCUGCUAGCUAGCUGUCUGCUUAUUCAUCGCAUACACCAUCACACACACAUACUGCACACAGGCACUGUGUGUACUCCUUGUACAGGAUGAGACGUGUCCUGACUGAUCUAGGAUCUGGUGUCAUUUAGUUGAUCCCUGAAUAUAAUACAGUAAUGCUCUCAUUCUUAUUGUAUAUAAUCAUACUAAAUAAAUGAUCAAUAUAGGUAGUAGAACUAAGGGGCCAAUGUGAAACAGUAACAUUCCAUUCACAUUCCCAUUGUGAGAUGAGACACCACUAUCUCCCCCUGGUGUUGUUGAGUGGGAAUGUCAGUGAGGCGGAGGAGGGAGACAUUUUCACUCACAGAUGCAGCUCAUAGCAGGAGGAGAAACGGCCAUGACAAAUAAAGUGUCAGCUGCUAUUCUCAGUCUGUCUCAUAACUGAGCAGUACAUAGCUUACACGGCCCCAGUUUAUUGUUUUUUACUUUUCCACUUUGGUUUUAAAGUGUUCUUUUUUAAUAACCACCUCUCACUCUUUCUGAGAGCGCAGAUAUCGACUUUUGGGAAAGAGGAUGAGAGAAAAAGAACCGCAGACAGACAGACAGACAGACAGACAGACAGACAGACAGACAGACAGACAGACAGACAGACAGAGAGAAAGAGAGAGAGAGAUAAACGGAAAAGAGGGAAGGCGAUUUUAGUGGAUCUUGUGCAAUACCUCUGGGCCAGGUAGAUGUUAAUUUAGGCUAGGAUUCAAUCAAAUGACCUGAGCACAGGGAUAGACUUUUAAAGGCAAUUCCAGAAUGUUGGCUGAUAUCACUUUUGCUGUAAAGUCUGCAAAUAUAAAAAAUAAAAUAAAUCACCUUCCAAAUUAAAUGACUGUGCACAGGUUGUAUGUCUGUGUUUGUUUGCAUCCUUGCCUAAAGCUACAGCCCUGUAGAUGUUGGACAUGCGUCCAUGUCUUGAGAGCUGUGUCAUGCAAUAAUGUAGGGAAGGUUACAUGCUUCUUAAGUGUGUGUGUGUGUGUUGUGUUUCAGCUGGGGGACCCAGGGAGACUUCACCACCACACACCCCCUCCCUGCCGUCAAGGUGAAACUGUUUACAGAAAGCACUGGAGUGCUGGCCCUGGAGGAUAAAGAGCUGGGCAGGGUAACACUCUCUCUCUCUCUCUCUCUCUCUCUCUCUCUCUCUCUCUCUCUCUCUCUCUCUCUCUCUCUCUCUCUCUCUCUCUCUCUCUCUCUCUCUCUCUCUCUCUCUCUCUCUCUCUCUCUCUCUCUCUCUCUCUCUCUCUACACUAAGGUUGGAGUCAUUAAAACUAGUUUUUCAACCACUGAUUUGGCUGAUUUCUUUUGAUUUUCCCAUGAUGUCAAGAAAAGAGGCACUGAGUUUGAAGGUAGGCCUUGAAAUACAUCCACAGGUACACCUCAAAUUGACUCAAAUGAUGUCAAUUAGCCUAUCAGAAGCUUCUAAAGCCAUGACAUCAUUUUCUGGAAUUUUCCAAGCUGUUUAAAGGCACAGUCAACUUAGUAUAUGUAAACUUCUGACCAACUGGAAUUGUGAUACAAUGAAUUAUAAGUGAAAUAAUCUGUCUGUAAACAAUUGUUGGAAAAAUUACUUGUGUCAUGCACAAAGUAGAUGUCCUAACCGACUUGCCAAAACUAUAGUUUGUUAACAAUAAAUGUGUGGAGUGGUUGAAAAACGAGUUUUAAUGACUCCAACCUAAGUGUUUGUAAACUUCCGACUUCAACUGUAACCCCGGGUCUUCCAUUCCUGUGGCGGUCCUCAUGAGAGCCAGUUUCAUCAUAGCGCUUGAUGGUUUUUGCGACUGCACUUGAAGAAGCUUUAAAAGUUCUUGAAAUGUUCCGUAUUGACUGACCUUAAAGUAAUGAUGGACUGUCAUUUCUCUUUGCUUAUUUGAGCUGUUCUUGCCAUAAUAUGGACUUGUACUGUAUAUAUCUUGUUUGUAUUGUUUUAAACCUUUGCAUUUUAGGCCAAUACAUUUCUCCUGGUUGUUGAACUAGAAGCCCAGGUUGCCCCAGCCAUCCAUACACUGAGCUGUGAUGUCACUUAGUACACAGUUUUGCUGGAUUCCACAUCGACCCCUAGCCCCAACUCCCUAGGGCUCAGGUGCAUCCUGUUUCCAUUGAUAAUCCUUGAGAUGUUUCUACAACUUGAUUGGAGUCCAUCUGUGGUAAAUUCAAUUGAUUGAACAUGAUUUGGAAAGGUAGUUGACAGUGCAUGUCAGAGCAAAAACCAAGCCAUGAGGUCGAAGUAAUUAUCCGUAGAGCUCCGAGACAGGAUUGUGUUGAGGCACAGAUCUGGGGAAGGGUACCAAAACAUUUCUGCAGCAUUGAAGGUCCACAAGAACACAGUGGCCUCCAUCAGUCUUAAAUAGAAUACGUUUAUAACCACCAAGACUCUUCCUAGAGGUGGCCGCACUGCCAAACUGAGCAAUCGGGGGAGAUUGGCCUUGGUCAGGGAGGUGACCAAGAACCCAAUGAUCACUCUGACAGAGCUCCAGAGUAUCCUCUGUGAUAUGGGAGAGCCUUUCAGAAGGACAACCAUCAGGCCUUUACUCCACCAAUCAGGCCUUUAUGGUAGUGGCCAGAUGGAAGCCACUCUUCAGUAAAAGGCACAUGACAGCUCGCUUGGAGUUUGCCAGAAGGCACCUAAAGGACUCUCAGACCAUGAGAAACAAGAUUCUAUGGUCUGAUGAAACCAAGAUUGAACUCUUUGGCCUGAAUGCCAAGCAUCACAUCUGGAGGAAACAUGGUACCAUCCCUACGGUGAAGCAUGGUGGUGGCAGCAUCAUGCUGCAGGGAUGUUUUCAGGGACUGGGAGACUAGUCAGGAUCGAGGGAAAGAUGAUCAGAGAAAAAUACAGGGAGAUCUUGAUGAAUACCGCUCCAGAGCGUUCAGGACAUCAGACUGGGGCGAAGGUUCACCUUCCAACAGGACAACGACCCUAAGCACACAUCAAAGACAACGCAGGAGUGGCUUCGGGACAAGUCUCUGAAUGUCCUUGAGUGGCCCAGCCAGAGCCUGAACUUGAACCCGAUCAAACAUCUCUGGAGAGACCUGAAAAUAGCUGUGCAGCGAUGCUCCACAUCCAACCUGACAGAGCUUGAGAGGAUCUGCAGAGAAGAAUGGGAGAAACUCCCCAAAUACAGGUGUGCCAAGCUUGUAGCUUCAUACCCAAGAAGACUCAAGGCUUUAGUUGCUGCCAAAGGUGCUUAAAAAAAUUACUGAGUAAAGGGUCUGAAUACUUAUGUAAAUGUCAUAUUUCAGUUUUUAAUUUUUAAUAACUUUGCAAAAAAAUCUAACAAAACAGUUUUUGCAUUGUCAUUAUGGGGUAUUGUGUGUAAAUUGAUGAGGGGGAAAAACUAUUUAAUCUAUUUCAGAAUAAGGCUGUAAAGUAUCACAAUUUUGAAAAAGUCAAGGGGUGUGAAUACUUUCCGAAUGCACUGUAUGACAGGAACAUGGCGGUAGGUAGCCUAGCGGUUAAGAGUGUUGGGCCAGUAACUGAAAGGUCACUGGUUCGAAUCCCCAAGCCGACUAGGUAAAAAGCCUGCGGAUGUGCCCUUGAGCAAGGCACUUAACUCUAAUUGCUCAUGAAAGUCGCUCUCGGUAAGAGCGUCUGCUAAAUUACUAAAAUGUAAGUCAUGCAGAGAUGUCUUAAUCAUCUGCUUUGCUGGGCUCUCCUAUCCUCUAGUGCAGAGAGAGAGCCAUCGAUCGUCCUGGGACAGUGUGCCGGACAGCCUUAGCUAGGCUGCCCACUGGUCACGGACGUCAGUUCAACAUCUAGUCUUCAUUUAUAUUUGGUUGAGUUGUCAACUAACGUGAAAUCAACAAAACAAUUUGCCAUGUCAUUGGAUUUAGUUUAAAAGUUGGAUUUAAAAAAAGGUAAAAUUCCAUUACGAUGACUUUUUGCAAAUUCAGUCCGUUUUCCACAUUGAUUUAAGGUCAUCACAUUGAUUUUUGUUGUUGAAAUGAUGUGGAAAAAACAUUGAUUCAACCAGUUUUAGCCCAGUGGGAGCGACCUUGGCUGUGACAGGGGCUCUUUGAUCUCCUGCUGCAGGGGCAGAGAGGCAGUCAGGCAGGCAGUCAGUCAGCUGCUGGGAUUCUCUCUCCUUUGGGGCUGCUGGCUUUUUCUCUCCUUUGAUAUGGCAACACAGCUACACAGAUAGGCUGAGCCACCGGCUCAAACGUGACACGCAGCACAUGCACACUGGGGCCUGGGCUGCCAGAGCACGAUUUAAUGGAAACUCUUCUAAAUUAAUUGAGUGUUCAGAAUCCUUGAGAAUGCUGACUCGUGGUGCUAAAUACUGACUGACUGACUGACUGACUGGAUGGAUGGAGGGAUGGAUACAGACCAGAGAUCUCUCCAAUAAACCUUGUGGAUAUGCACAUUAUGUGUUGCUUACACAUGUACAAUAUAUACAUAUCUCUCAGAGGUGGUUACGUUGUUACAUCUCAACUGUAGUAUCCAGCACAGUUUUGCUUCCUCUUGGCCAGGGCUUCCUUAAAUAAUAUAUGUAUAUCUCAAUGGGACUCACAUGGUUAAAGCCCCCAUGGAGUCUUUCAAUAUAACUUUUUUUUUAUCAUCACUGUAUGUCUAAUAAAUCCCUGUUUGUGUUUAUUUCAUGAAAAUAAUUCCAAAUAUAUUUUCUAUCAUUAUUUUCCCUGAGCCUCCUUUUGCCAUUGAAAUGCUCAGUCUGAUCGUGUAGGCGUGUUAAUGCAAAUUUAAAUAUACACUAUACAGUGCAUUCAGAAAGUAUUCAGACCCCUUCCCUUUGUCCACAUUUUGUUACAUUACAGCCUUAUUCUAAAAUGGAUUAAAUACAUUUGAUUCCUCAUCAACCUACACACAAUACCCCAUAAUGACAAAGUGAAAACACGUUUUUAGAAAUGUUUGCUAAUUUCAUAUUUAAAUAAAGUAUAAAUACCUUAUUUACAUACGUAUUCAGAUCCUUUGCUAUGAGACUCGAAAUUGAGCUCAGGUGCAUCCUGUUUCCACUGAUCAUCCUUGAGAUGUUUCUGCUACUUGAUUGGAAUCCACCUGUGGUAAAUUCAAUUGAUUGGACAUGAUUUGGAAAGGCACACACCUGUCUAUAUAAGGUCCAACAGUUGACAGUGCAUGUCAGAGCAAAAACCAAGCCAUGAGGUCGAAGGAAUUGUCCGUAAAGAUCUGAGACAUGAUUGUGUCGAGGCACAGAUUUGGGGAAGGGUACAACAUAUUUUUUUGCAGCAUUCAAGGUCCCCAAGAACACAAUGGCCUCCCGAUGGUCACUCUGACAGAGCUCCAGAGUUCCUCUGUGGAGUUGGGAGAAACUUCCAGAAGGACAACCAUCUCUGCAGCACUCCACCAAUCAGACCUUUAUGGUAGAGUGGCCAGAUGGAAGCCACUCCUCAGUAAAAGGCACAUGACAGCCCGCUUGGAGCUUGCCAAAAGGCACCUAAAGAACUCCCAGACCAUGAGAAACAAGAUUCUCUGGUCUGAUGAAACCAAGAUUGAACUCUUUGGCCUGAAUGCCAAGCAUCACAUCUGGAGGAAACCUGGCAGCAUCCCUACGGUGAAGCAUGGUGGUGUCAGCAUCAGGCUGUGGGGAUGUUUUUCAGUGGCAGGGACUGGGAGAGGGAAAGAUGAACGGAGCAAAGUACAGAGAGAUCCUUGAUGAAAACCUGCUCCAGAGCGGACCUCAAGAUUCCUCAAGGUUCAUCUUCCAACAGGACAAUAACCCUGCGCACACAGCCAAGACACAGCCAAGACAACGCAGGAGUGACUUCAGGACAAGUCUCUGAAUGUCCUUGAGUGGCCCAGCCAGAGUCUGGACUUUAACCCAAUUUAACAUCUCUGGAAAGACCUGAAAAUAGCUGUGCAGCGACGCUCCCCAUCCAACCUGACAGAGCUUGAGAGGAACUGCAGAGAUACCCAAGAAGACUCAAGGCUCUAAUCGCUGCCAAAGGUGCUUCAACAAAGUACUGAGUAAAGGGUCUGAAUACUAACGUAAAUGUGAUAUUUCAGUUUUUUAUUUUUAAUGCAUUUGCAAAAUUUUAUAAAACCUGUUUUUGCUUUGUCAGUAUGGGGUUUUGUGUGUAGAUUGAUGAGGUGAAAAAAACUAUUUAAUCAAUUUUAGAAUAAGGCUGUAACGUAACAAAAUGUGGAAAAAGUCAAGGGGUCUGAAUACUUUCCGAAUGCAUACAGAAGUAUGUGGACACCCCUUCAAAUUAAUGGAUUUGGCUAUUUCGGGCACACCCGUUGUUGAAAGGUGAAAAAAAUUGACCACACAAACAUUGGCAGUAGAAUGACUACUGAAUACCUCAGUGACUUUCAAUGUGGGACCGUCAUAGGAUGCCACCUUCACAACAAGUCAGUUCGUCAAAUUUCUGCCCUGCUAAAGCUGCCCCGGUCAACUGUAAGUGCUGUUAUUGUGAAGUGGAAAUGUCUAGGAACAACAAUGGCUCAGCCGCGAAGUGGUAGGCCACACAAGCUCACAGAAUGGGACCGCCGAGUGCUGAUGUGCGUAGCGUGUAAAAAUCGAUGCAACACUCACUACCAAGUUCCAAGCUGCAUAUGGAAGCAACGUCAGCACAAUAACUGUUCGUCGGGAGCUUCAUGAAAUGGGUUUCCAUGGCCGAGCAGCCGCACAUAAGCCUAAGAUCACCAUGCACAAUGCCAAGCGUAGGCUGGAGUGGUGUAACCUCGCCGCCAUUGGACUUUGGAGCAGUGGAAACGCGUUCUCUGGAGUGAUGAAUCACGCUUCACCAUCUGGCAGUCCGACGGAUGCCAGGAGAACAUUUGGUGGAGGAGUAAUAAUGGUCUGGGGCUGUUUUUCAUGGUUUGGGCUAGGCCAAUUAGUUCCAUUGAAGGGAAAUCUUAACGCUACAGCAUACAAUGACAUUCUAGAUGAUUCUGUGCUUCCAACAAUUUGGGGAAGGACCUUUCCUGUUUCAGCAUGACAAUGCCCCCGUGCACAAAGCGAGGGCCAUACAGAAAUGGUUUGUCGACAUCAGUGUGGAAGAAAUUGACUGGCCUGCCCAGAGACCUGACCUCAACCCCAUCGAACACCUUUGGGAUGAAUUGGAACGCCGACCGCGAGCCAGGCCUACUCGCCCAACAUCUGUGCUCGAUCUCACUAAUGAUCUUGUGGCUGAAUGGAAUCAAGUCCCUGUAGCAAUGUUCCAACAUCUAGUGGAAAGCCUUCCCAGAAGAGUGGAGGCUGUUAUAGCAGCAAAGGGGGGACCAACUCCAUAUAUAUCCCACCUGAACAGGCUGAAAUGACAGUUAUUAUUAUUAUUAUUAUUAUUAUUAUUAAUAUUAUUUCAAUUUUUUUGUUGAUCUUUUUGAAAUUAGAUUUCUCCCCCCCAAAAAAUGGAAUAUUGUCCUAUACAAGUGGCUGUACUCUUUUUAUUUAUUUAUUUUUUAUUUAUUUUUUUGGCGACCCCACUGCAGUUCCCCUGGGUCACGACCCUCAUUUUAAAUACCACUGUCAUAGUUUGUAAAUACCACACAAAAAAACGUGAAAAUCUAGUUUUUGACUGCAUUGCCCCUUUAAAAAAUAAAGGAUAAAAAAAUGUAAUUGUGUAGUCAUCAUCAGAUUUCUUAAUAUCUUAAUCUCUCUCUUAAUCUUAAUUUGUCUAAUACUUUUCUCCUCUAGGUGGUCCUCCACCCGACCCCUAACAGCCCCAAGGCAUCAGAGCUCCAUAAGAUGGCCCUCACCAAGGCCUGCCCCGACCAGAACCUUCAGAUCAAACUGGCCAUCCGCAUGGACAAACCGCAGAACAUGAAGCAUUCUGGGUAAGCAUGGACAAGCCGCAGGACAUGACGCAUUCUGGGUAAGCAUGCACAGACCACAGAACAUGAAGAAUUCUGGGUAUGAAUGGACAAGCUGCAAAAAAUGAAUUCUGGGUAAGCAUGGACAAACCGCAGAACAUGAAGCAUUUUGGGUAUGCAUGGACAAGCUGUAAAACAUGAAUAAUUCUGGUUAAGCAUGGACAAGCCGCAGAACAUGAAGCAUUCUGGGCAAGCAAGGAAAACUGCCAUGCAGGUCUUCCUUAGGAAAGAGGUCUUCUGAUCCCAAUGGGACCUGGUAUAAAAAUAAAUAAAGUCUGCUACUUUAAUGCUCAACAUUCUCAUGAGACCAGAGGAGCAGAGGAGGAUCUCCAGCGAGGGUUUUCUUUUGGGAUUUAUUUGUACCUUUUCAUCCAUUUCUACAACUCCUCCGGCCUCCUCCUUGGUUCCUUCCUGGCCUAAUUUCUAGCUAUAGUGCAUUGUAUUGUUCUACCCCCUCUGGUGGUACUACUGGCUUUGUUUUACAUUUAGAGAGCAACAAAGACACUAGCUUCCAGGCCAACGUGACUCAUUCUCACUGCGCCAACCCAGGGUCAUCCACUCUGCAUAAAACAUCAAAACAUUUACAACAUCAUCAUAUUAUGAACAGUGAUUAGGUCAGCCUCUCUUUUCUUUGUAGUAGGGGAUACACUCCUUGCUAUGAAUGUAGUGUGGGCUAAACCUUCUGAUUCUGUUGCUGUUGUUACAACACAGGAAACAACAAUAGCCAAUUGUCAUACCAUUACCAUGUAAUCAUUACAUUGCCAUGUAGCAAUUGUUAAACAUUUUUUUCUGGCAGGUAUUUGUGGGCUUUUGGGAAAAACGUCUGGAAGCGCUGGAAGAAGCGUUUCUUCGUCCUGGUGCAGGUUGGUACAUCAUCAGCCUCUGAAAUAUCAGGUCUUUGGUCUGGUCAAAUGAAAGGUCAUUCAAAUGAUUACAUCACCAAAACAACCAAUAACAUACAGUUGUGGUCAAAUGUAUUGGCACCCUUGCACUUUACAAUGGAGUGAAAAUGGAGUAGAAUGCUCUAUUUUCUCUUUUCAAAACUUGUUGAAUGGCUAUGUUUACCCUGUAGGCAACUACAACUUGCCACAAGUGAGAUAAAUUACACAGUAAAUGAGAAUCACCUGCCUCCAACCAAAUGAAUUUGAAUUCUGAAUAAUUUAGUCCAGGCCAUUUUUUUAUUGGUCCUGUGCAGUUGUAAAUCAAACAAAUACAACACGUGUGAACACCAAAGGUUUUUUCAAUUUCAACUUAUUUUAGCAGAAAUAGUGAAUCGUGACUGUAACUGUAUCUGCCUAAAGGGGUCGUUUUCACACACAAAGAUAAUCACUUUUUAAUCGCCUUCUUACCUCGAAAGAAGCUCGAUAAAUCACAGCAAUUCACCAUGUUCCUGAGCAGAUGAAGUGUAUGACGUGUCUGUCCUCUCUGUUGUAGGUGAGCCAGUACACCUUUGCCAUGUGCAGCUACAGAGAGAAGAAGUCUGAGCCACAGGAGCUGCUACAGCUGGAUGGCUACACUGUGGACUACACUGACCCCCAGCCAGGUACAUAUAUACACACAUGCACGCACACAUGCACGCAAUCACAGAUGGAUGCACGCACACACACACACACACACACACAAAUGCACGCACACACACAACCUGUCCCUAAACCCUCCUCUCUGUCUCUAGGUUUGGAUGGCGGCAGGGCGUUCUUCAAUGCGGUGAAGGAGGGCGACACUGUGAUCUUUGCCAGUGAUGACGAGCAGGACCGCAUCCUGUGGGUCCAGGCCAUGUACCGGGCCACCGGUCAGUCCCACAAGCCUGUGCCCCCCACCCAGGUCCAGAAACUAAACUCCAAGGGGGGCGCCGCCGCUCAGAUGGAUGCGCCCAUCUCCCAGUUCUGUAAGUAAACCAAUACACAACCUCAGCAUCAGGCAGUUUCAGGUUUCAUCCCCACAAUCCAGUGACAGCUCUCACCCAUAACGUUUCACUACGCCAUGCGUCUCUCCCCACGCCAUACUGCAGCCACAUACUUAAACACGUUGCUCUGUAGAACUAAAGUUAACACACACGCACACACUUCCCUCUCUUUGCUGUUUCACACAGAGUACUCAGCAUCUUUUGGGCCUCCACUCAUCGUCACCAACCAGUCACACAUGACGUGUUUAAAGGUGCAACUUCAUAUGACUCUUCCCCCAUCGGUCUGCCCUGUCUCUCUCUAAACAUCAACCAAGCUGACAAACUAAAGAGAAAGACUGAAUGACGGCCAUUGACGUAGAAUCUAGAUUAAACCACUAAGAAGAUGAUUUGGUCAUGAAACAUCAAGCUUAGCACCUUUUAGCCUUUUGAAUCCUUUUGAAACCUUUUGAAUCUUUUGAGAAUGUUUUGAGUUAACAGUGGUACUUAAGUGUUGUUUUUGUGACACUGCUAAGGUGUCAGGGAGUAUUGCCUAAACACCCCCAGACCCCAGCAUGUUGUAUGGUGGAAAACAACAGCUGUAACAGAGAGUGAUGACUUUCUGAGUCCCCGCUCAGCCCGGCCCUGUCUCAGUCCAGCCACUGCUCAGUCAGCCUUCUCUGUAGUGUUAACUGCUUCUCAACUUGCCACUCUACUUGUACCUUUAAGCAGCCUACCUACCCCCACUGGUCAUAUACUGUACAGUAGCAAAGUGAAGGUAAGACUGUCUCUAGUAAUGUGGCUUCUGCAACACGUACCUACCUACUUCCUGUUGUAACCAUCUCUUCUGUGUCCCCUGCCCCUUAUUUAAAACCUCACUUUGAAUCACAGUUUAACAAUGAAAUAGGACAAAAGGAUUUUAAGCUAACAUGAUAUGCAUGCAUCGUAAUACACUUAGAUUUUUUUUACACUUCGUAAACACACUGAAACCUGAACAGGUUGAACUUGGGGAAUUAGUACCCUUUAGUAGCCAGCUCAUUCUGUUAUUUUACAACACUAAAGAACUAGCCUGGUAAAACCAGACUGAAUGCUGUGCUCACCAUUGUUUCAAUAAGGUGAGUGCAUCAUUCAGUCUGGUUAACCAGGCUACUAAAGAACACUCCACAGUAAUAGAUCCUGCUAUUCAAAAACGAACACGAUAACUUAUUUUGGUGGGCAUCCUUCCUUCAACUCCUUUAGUUAUUUUAAGGAUUAUUCUAAUGUCCAAACCGUUUGGUUAGAAUUAAUGGGUUGUAGAAAAUAUAUGUUUUUAAUUAAUUACACUCUAGUUUUCAUCCGUUUCUAUAAACAUAAUCUAUAGACAAAAAUUCCCUGUGGUCUCUCCAUUGGUGUCUUUGUUGAAUAUGUGAUCGUUCUUCUGGUUAUUUGGUUACCUCCACUAUAUAAGACCAGCCAUUCUGAUGCCAUUCAAUGCCCCCUCACAGUGGCACAGACCUCCUCCCUCUACCCCCCUCCUCUCUGAAACACUGUGCCACACCAAACGUACAUGUUUCACCCCACCCUGGUGGUCUUGAAUGGCACAGGGGCCAUAACAUACACCACACCACCCUGUUAUUCGCCUCUCUCUCUCUCUAUCUCUCUCUAUCUAUCUCAGUCUUUGUCUCUCUCUCUCCCAUCAAAGCUCUGCUGCAGAUAUUUUAUCUAGAUGCUAUGAAGGUUCCGGAGCACUGAUUUGGAAAGAUAGGAGAGUACAGUACUUACCAGAGAAGUUAUGAGUGUCACUGCUCAUUACCAGACAGCAUCACUUUGCUUUAAGUGGACUCCGAUAUUCAUAUCCACAUAAUAAUACAAUAUUCUGAUAAAAUGACAUUAGGUGGAUAUGUCAGGUGAAUUCCAAUGGAGUUAUCUAUUUAGAUUAUGUUAUUACUGUUCAUCUAUUUUUCCUCUAAACAUUAUCUUGUAAGCUGUCCAGUGCCUUCAUAGAUUCAGAAGAGGACACUGGCAUCAUUUACACAUAAUAAUAAUAGUAGAACUAGAAGUUGUUGUUUGACUGCUGGAUGGUCCAGUCCUCCUCUAGUAUAAACUGGAGAAAGCAAAGUGAAGCUAUCAUAUUGUGAUGGUAAUGUAUAAUGUAUGUUAGAAUAAGAUACAGAUGUAGGAUCUUAAUUUGAUCACCCUGUUGCAGGAUAACCUCCCUGUAAUGCAGGACAUUUACCACUUGUAUACAGUGUGUUUGAGGUUUAAAAAGGCUUGUCAAUUCCACUUUGAAAUUUCAGACUUGAUUUUGCCUUACGAAAAAUGUAAAAACGACUACGGAAAAUAAUUAUAAUCCACAUAAUAAUUCACAUUUCCUGUUGCUGCAGGAUUAAUUUCCUGCUAUAGAAAACUGGCUCAAAUUAAGAUCCUACAUCUGUACUAUAACUAGAUCAGAAUCCAGACUAAAUCAACCGCAGCAGAGUGAUGAUAACCCUUCUCUCUAACGCUUUCUCUCUCUUUUUUUUUCUGUCAUGCUCUCACUGGCCCUCUCUUUCCUUCUCUGUCUCUUGAUCUUCUCUCUUUCACUCUACAUGUCUCUCUCUCCCUCUCUCUCUCUCUCGCUCUCCAGCUCACAUAUCCACACAUGCUCAGCACACCACCACCGCCCACACACCACUCUCUCUCUCUCUCUCUCUCUCUCUCUCUCUCUCUCUCUCUCUCUCUCUCUCUCUCUCUCUCUCUCUCUCUCUCUCUCUCUCUCUCUCUCUCUCUCUCUCUCUCUCUCUCUCUCUCUCUCUCAUUUUGGUACAGGUUGUUGUUUUUUGAGUUGUGUUUUUCUUACUCAUGCUUUGCUUGUUACCCUUCUUUAGUAUUGCAACUGCUAGGUCAGGGACUCUCGUGUUUGCUCUCCUCCAGCCUUGUUGCUAGUCUUUAUGUUAUUCUGGUUUGUCCCUUCUUACCCCGCUGUCUUCUAGCUGGACUUAAGGGUAAGUGCUUCCCUAUAGCUGGCACAGAUCAGAUAAUCCCCAACGAUUAUCUGACAAAUGCAACGUGCUUUCUCUCCUCUUUCCCUAUCCUCCUCCUCUUAAGUACCCUCACUUCAUGUCUUUAGACAGUAGAAAACGUAUUUUUAUGUUUGAUUUCUCCUCAAUCUGAGAUUUGAAGUAGCUAUAAGCUUCCAUUCUUGACGGUUUAGGAUGCAUGUAUUUGAUUCUUAGACUUAUCAUUUGGUUGUAGUUUAUAUUAUGGUUAUUAUUAUGUUUUUUUGUUGCAUAAUUGCCUUCUCUCCUUAAUCUUAUUGGUGUCCAAGGACCCCUCAGAGUAAAGCAGAGAGAUGGCCCAAUGUGACAUGAUGCCAUCAGAAAAUAAAAUACACUAAAUGACUGCUUUAGGCAAUCUAGUUGUGAAUCCAUCAGCAGUUAUGGAAAUUCAAUUUUAGAGCGCAGUAGUGGACAGUCAAUUUUUUCCCCCUAAGGGAACUUCAGGGCUUGUAAUCAAGCUUGUUUUGUUUUAGAAAGUCCUACAAUUCUUUACAUCACUAACAAAUGAUUGAACAUUUCCAUAUUGUUCAAUACAUUUUUCAGAGUAGAGCAGUUAGAAAGCUGUGACAUGUUGAACAUUUUGGUUGUGAUUAGUUUGGACCCUUUUAGCAGGGUAACAUGGGUCAUGCUUUACUUCCGAGGGCUCAAUUCAUAGCCGUGGGAAGUAGGGGUGCUGAGGGUGCUACAGCACCCCCUGAUAAAUCCCCCAAAAAAUGAGUGGAGAAAAAUACUCCUCAGCGGCCAUGGCUCAAUUGCUUUUGGUUCUUUUCUUUUGUCCUCUGUUCACGAGAGUUGGCAAAUAUGUACGUGGAGUAUUCUGAAUGCAGAUGACAAGGAGUAGCCAAUGGCACCGCUCCUUACCAUACAAUACUCUGGAAGAACCCUCUUACUAGAUGGGCCUGUAGACAGCAGCUUGCCCCCCAUAGUAGCACCUCUAGGAGGGAACAGAUCUCAUUUUGGUUUAUUUUGAUUGCCCUUUGAUUGCCUGAAUAGGGGAACACCUUUGUCAUGUGCCUAUUAUUGCGUUGAUGGAAUUACAUAAUUUUUAUUUUUAUUUACCCCUUGCCAUCUCCCAGAGAAUGAUCUACAUGUAGUUUUGCCUCUGUUGGCUUCAUGCUAUAAACCCAUGUACUUGCACCAAAUUGUACUCCGGUAGUUGGUAUGCCUGUUAGUUGUGCUCUGUAGAGAUCAUGAAUACACUGCAACACACUCAAGUAUUGUCAACUUGCAAAUGGUAAGAGUAAAAGGAAUGCCCCAAAAAUUGAAUCCAAACUCUGAAAAUGGAUCUGCAGAUGCAUGACAUAAGAUUUUGAAACAUUUUUGAAAGCACAAUGAAAAGUCACACUGUUCUACAGCAUGUGAUAGUAUUAUGUUUGUCAUUGAGCAUUUAUGAAUUACUGUAUAUUCAUUAUGGAAAAACAAUCCAAUCUUUUUAACCAAUCUUCUUGCCUUUAGAUGAUGACGUCAUCAUCGACAAGAACUCACAAAAUAUGAUAGCCCCCAUAGUCCAUUCAGUCUGUUAUUCCAAAAUCAACCUCCAUUUCCUCAUUUAAAACAAACAGAAGAGAUAUUCCCCACUCCCUUCUUCCCGCCCACCUUCAAGCACUUUCUAUCACACAUCAUGCACCUCACUCUGCCCUAUCACAAACUUUCUCUCACCCCAACCCUUCCCCACUGCCCCCGUAACUAUCCCACCCCUUCCGUUAUCGCUUUCUUCCCCACUUUCCUGGCACAGUCUGUAUCUCCCUCGUCUAUUUAUCUCUCUCUGUCUCAGUCGCUUUCUCAGUCCCCUUCUCUCUCUUUCUCUGUGUUCACCCUCUGUUUCCCUUUUCAUCCCAUUCUCACACCCUCACUUUUGAACUCUAUCUCCCCCUACAAUUUCAAUUUUUCUAUCACACUUAUCAUUUCUUCCCUGUCUCACCCAUCUCUCACCUCUCUCUUCCCUGUGCUCACCCCUCUGUCUUAACCUUAGUUCACCCCUCUCUCCCUUUUAACUUGUGGUAGGGCCUUUUUUGUCAGUGCCUAGCAAAACCAGGGAUACAUAGUCUGUUGGUCUAGUCUACAAGUUGCUAUAGAUCAAAUUGAUCAGAAAUACAGUGUAGACAUUGUUCAUGUUGUAAAUGGCUAUUGUAGCUGCAAAUGGCAUAUUUUUUUAUGAAAUAUCUACAUAGGCGUACAGAGGCCCAUUAUCAGCAACCAUCAGUCCUGUGUUCCAAUGGCACGUUGUGUUUGCUAAUCCAAGUUUAUCAUUUUAAAAGGCUAAUUGAUCAUUAGAAAACCCUUUUGCAAUUAUGUUAGCACAGCUGAAAACUGUUGUGCUGAUUAAAGAAGCAAUACAUCUGGCCUUCUUGAGACUAGUUGAGUAUCUGGAGCAUCAGCAAUUGUGGGUUCGAUUACAGGAUCAAAAUGGCCAGAAACAAAUAACUUUCUUCUGAAACUCGUCAGUCUAUUCUUGUUCUGAGAAAUGAAGGCUAUUCCAUGUGAGAAAUUGCCAAGAAACUGAAGAUCUCGUACAACGCUGUGUACUGCUCCCUUCACAGAACAGCACAAACUGGCUCUAACCAGAAUAUAAAGAGGAGUGGGAGGCCCCACAACUGAGCAAGAGGACAAAUACAUUAGUGUCUAGUUUAUUGAAACAGGCGCCUCACAAGUCCUCAACUGGCAGCUUCAUUAAAUAGUACUCGCAAAACACCAGUCUCAACGUCAACAGUGAAGAGGCGACUCCGGGAUGCUGACCUUCUAGACAGAGUUGCAAAGAAAAAGUCAUAUCUCAGACUGCCCAUCUUAAUCUUUUCUUUUUAUUGGCCAGUCUGAGAUAUGGUUUUUCUUUGCAACUCUGCCUAGAAGGUCAGCAUGCCGGAGUCGCCUCUUCACUGUUGACAUUGAGACUGGUGUUUUGCGGGAACUAUUAAUGAAGCUUCUACAGAUUCACAUCAGUAGCUCCUUAUUUCACAAUCCAGAUAAGCUCUAUUGACUCUGUCUGAUAUGAUGCAAGUUGACAAUGUAAAGCUGUAAGUGUUUAUAAUUUGCCCUAGCAGUAGCCUUAGCCAGACAGGCCCAGUGUUGUGUUGAGAUAGAGAGAUAUGCUGUACUAUUUCUCUGUGCCUUACUGACACCCUCUUCCUCUGAAUCCUGUCCUUUUCCCUGUGCUGGUUGGACACAGACGCAGACAGAGCUCAGAAACAUGGCAUGGAUGAGUUUAUCUCGGCUAACCCCUGUAGCUUCGACCACGCCUCCCUGUUCGAGAUCGUCCAGAGGCUCACGUUGGACCACAGGCUCAAUGACACCUUCUGCUGCCUGGUGAGUGGCAUUCUCCAAACCCACGGUACGGUGGAAUGAGAAUAAAUACAGUCCUGGGCACUAAAAAGGUAUUUUUUAUCAAAAUGCUGACAUUUCUUGGAACAAUGUAUACUGUUAAUAUGACUGAGGUCAUGGUUCAGUCAGGGAAAGGGGUUUGUUUGUGAUUGAGAUCAUGGUGCUAACCUCUUUAAAAUAGCUCUGAUGUGAUGUGUAGGGAUGGUUUAGCCCCGGCCAGGUGUUCUAAUCUAAACUGCUAAACCCCCUCUCUGAUAUAAUGUGUAGGGAUGGUUCAGCCCGGGCCAGGUGUUUGUCCUGGAUGAGUACUGUGCCAGGAAUGGCGUGCGGGGGUGUCACAGACACCUGGGUUACCUAGGGGACCUGCUGGAGAGGGCGGACAGAGGAGCCAUGAUCGACCCCACCCUGCUGCACUACAGUUUCGCUUUCUGCGCCUCCCAUGUCCAUGGUAACAGGUAAAAUCUACACCCGAUUGAACCCGGAUCUACUGCUCGCCAAUCCAAAGUCUUAACCAUUAGACCAAGAGGACAUCCUCAAGGUGCGAGGGCAACAUUUUGGACAAGUCAAUGUUCAUCACGAGGUAGCACUGGCAGUGCUAAAUCACCACCAUAGUCUAUCGCAAGAGAGACGGAAACAUUUCGUACCACAAAUAGACACUCAAAGGUCUUCAGAUGAAAUAUAAGGAAAGAAAAGCUGGCCAUAGUAAGAGGAGAAAAGGGUUAGUCAUCAAACACAGCAGAGCACUAUUGCUUUAUGAUUCCCAUUGUUAUGUCUUUGUUUGUCAUGAAUGUUUUGCAUGUUAUUUAUUAUGAUUUUAAUCAUGUACUUUGUUAUCAUGUCAUCAUUUUGUUCUAUUUUUUUAUUAAUCAGUUAUAUUUACCUUGGUUUCCACCGUAUUCCUCUUUUCUUUUCCCUCCUUGUCUUUUGUUGCUUUAUUCAGUCUCAUUAUGUCGAUAUUGCUCAUCCCCCAUGCAUCCCUAUAAAGUCAGAGAGGGCAGCAGUUACUGGGGGCCACUGAUGGGUUUUGAGGGCCCCUGGGCACCUAGCGGCGCCCAGACCCCAGAACCAGGGGCUGGCUCGAAACGGGGAAGCAAAAAAAUGAAGUUUAGGAAGAAAAGGGAUUCCAAAUUUCAGCUCGCCCAAGAGCCCAUCAGGUAAGAUAAUGUACGAUAAAAUGUACCUAUAUGUACAUAGCUACUUCAGUUACCUCGUACCCCUGCACAUCAACUCGGUACUGGUACUCCCUGUAUAUAGCCAUGUCAUUUGUACUCGUCAUUGUUAUUCGUUAUUCACUGUGUAUUUAUUUGUCGUGUAUUUUUUAUUAAAUGUUUUAUCUUGCAAGUAAGCAUUUCACUGUUAGUCUACACCUGUUGUUUACGAAGCAUGUGACAAAUACAAUUUGAUUUGAUGUUUGUCUGUGUAAGAAAUAAUAUUUAAAUUUGGUAAACAUGCUGAAGAAUGAUUCUGUUUCACUCACACAAGCAGCAGUAAAAUCAUGGAGAACUGAAAGAUGACACUGUUUAGGUGCAAAUUGUUGCAUUGUUCCUGUUUUGAUGGACUCUAACUGGCGGCUCUAAUACCGCAUGAUUCGCUGGGCUGAUGUUGUGUUUGUACUCCAUGAUGUCAUCCUCAGGCCUGACGGGCUGGGAACAGUGAAGGUGGAUGAAAAGGAGCGCUUUGAAGAAAUCAAAGAGCGAUUGCGUGUGAUCCUGGAACACCAGAUCACUAACUUCAGGUGAGUGCUGCUGCCGACUGGCCAUCCAUCCAUCUCUCCGGCCUCAUCAUAUACUAUUCCAUUGUUCUGUUCAUCAUUGUUCUGUUGUCAGCAGUGAUUUUUGUAUUUCAUUGUGAUUCAACUCGCUUCUCUCGUGUAGAUAUUGCUUCCCGUUCGGACGUCCAGAGGGAGCCUUGAAGGCCACGCUGUCUUUGCUGGAAAGGGUUAGUACAUUUAGAUGACUGCAAUCUUUUCUUUCUCAUUUUACAGAAACUUUUCAGUUCAUGAAUGAUUCAGAUCUCAUUGCUCAUAUAAGCUCAUAUAAAUGCUUGAAAAAGGACAUUGAAAAUGAAAACGAAACUGUAAUAAAGUGUAAUUCAGUGGAAAGACUCUAAGGAAGACUUGUCCUGUCCUGUUCCUCAUCCUCAGGUGCUGAUGAAGGACAUUGUGACUCCAGUCCCACAAGAGGAAGUGAAGGGAGUCAUCCGUAAAUGUCUGGAGCAGGCUGCUCAACUCAACUACGCAAAAUAUCACAGAAUAUGCCAAAAAUCGAAGGUAACUAGCCAUGAUUUACAUAUACGGACACACCUUCAAUAUGCAAUAGCAAUUACUAACUCUGUUGGUAAGUACUUGGUUGUUGUUGCUUUAAAACCUGUAACUGGUUGAUUUUCUUUAGAUGAUGGUAACUGUUUUAGUACUUUAGUGACUUUUCAGUCAUUCUGGGGCUUUCUAUGUGGAACAGGCGCGUCAAACAUUCUACUCUCUUUUGGAAGUGACUUGUCGUGACCACUUUGAUUCCAAUUUUAGCAUCCUACAGUGGGAUUCUUUUCAAGAUAAACCUGGACCAAAUUAACCUGGAGAAAACAAGCACUGAAGAAACAUACUGACAUCUCUUAUUUUUUUGCCACAUGAAUUCAAGAGAAGCAGCCUAUACAGUAUUUUUCCACUUGACAGAUUGGUUGUCACUUGUUUGUCACUCAGCCAAUUAACACUCCCCUUUGUUUCAGGCAGGCUGCUUUAGCUGUGGUGUUCUCUACUGUACUGUACUGUAGGUAAAGUUGGCUUUUUGUAGAGGUGUUGUGAGUAAAAAUGCAUUCAAAUCCAAAGUUUUGGAUUAAAGCCCUAUUGAUGUGCUGGCCUGGCCCCCAUGUAUCUGUACCUCGAUUCUAGCUGUAUCCUGGCCACUGGCAUGUGCUGAUUUAACAGUAUAGAUCUGGAAUAUAUAGUAUAUUAUAUCUACAGUAAAGAAAAAUAUGCACUAUAUAUACAAAAGUAUGUGGACACCCCUUCAAAUUAGUGGAUUCGGCUAUUUCAGCCACACCCUUGGCUGACAGGUGUAUAAAAUUGAGCACACAGCCAUGCAAUCUCCAUAAACAAACAUUGGCAGUAGAAUGGCCUUAAUGAAGAGCUCAGUGACUUUUAACGUAGCACCGUCAUAGGAUGCCACCUUUCCAACAAGUCAGUUCGUCAAAUUUCUGCCUUGCUAGAGCUGCCCCUGUCAACUGUAAGUGCUGUUAUUGUGAAGUGAAAACGUCUAGGAGCAACAACGGCUCAGCGGCGAAGUGGUAGGCCAAACAAGCUCACAGAACGGGACUACCGAGUGCUGAAGUGAGUAGCGGGUGAAAAUCGUCUGUCCUCGGUUGCAACACUCACUACCGAGUUCCAAACUGCCUCUGGAAGCAACAUCAGCACAAGAACUGUUCGUCGGGAGCUUCAUGAAAUGGGUUUGGCCGAGCAGCCGCACACAAGCCUAAGAUCACCAUGCGCAAUGCCAAGCAUCGGCUGUAGUGGUGUAAAGCUCACUGCCAUUGGGCUCUGGAGCAGUAGAAACGUGUUCUCUGGAAUCAUGAAUCUCACUUCACUAUCUGGCAGUCCGACGGACGAAUCUGGGUUUGGUGGAUGUCAGGAGAUUGCUACCUGCCCCAAUGCAUAGUGCCAACUGUAAAGUUUGGUGCAGGAGGAAUAAUGGUCUGGGGCUGUUUUUCAUGGUUCGGGCUAGGCUCCUUAGUUCCAGUGAAGGGAAAUCUUAACGCUACAGCAUACAUUGACAUUCUAGACGAUUCUGUGCUUCCAACUUUGUGGCAAAGGUUUGGAGAAGGCCAUUUCCUGUUUCAGGAUGACAAUGCCCCCGUGCACAAAGCGAGCCCAUACAUAAAUGGUUUGUCGAGACCGGUGUGGAAGAACUUGACUGCACAGAGCCCUGACCUCAACCUCAUCGAACACCUUUAGGAUGAAUUGGAAAGCCGACUGCGAGCCAGGCCUAAUCGACCAACACCAGUGCCCGACCUCACUAUUGCUCUUGUGACUGAACGGAAGCAAGUCCCCUGCAGCAGUGUUCCAACAUCUGGUGGAAAGCCUUCCCAGAAGAGUGGAGGCUGUUAUAGCAGUAAAGGGAGGACCAACUCCAUAUUAAUGUCCAUGAUUUUUGAAUGAGAUGUGUGACGAGCAGGUAUCCACAUACCUUUGGUCAUGUAGUGUAUAUAGUAGCUAGAAGCAGAUUUCCCCUGAACAAACCCCACUUCCUGAUCCACUACUCUUUUCUGACUGUAUCUUUACCCCUAGACUCCAGGGCCUCUAAUCUAAGAUUUAUCAUAUAAAUCUUACUCGUCCCCUCCUCUUCUCCUUCCUGGGGCCCCUUGUCCUACUCUCCCUCUCCUUUCCCCUCUUUUCUCUGUCUCUCUUUCCUUUUCUUUCCUCUUGUUCUUCCUGCAGACCAUUACCCUCCUCUCCCUGUUCCUCUGUCUGCUGUCCUCUUCCUCUCUCUCAUCUCAUUGGCUUCGACACAUUUAUCACCUCACAUUUCUGUGAUAAGUGGUUUUGAAGGCAAUGAAAAAUAAUGCUUGGAUUGGACACAGACAACUCAGCAUCUGUCACCUGCAUGUACUACAACACAUUAUGGAAAGGUUUUUCUUCAUAGGCAUGGACUAGCCAUUACAUAUCACCAUUUAGCUUUCAAUUAGAUAUACAGUACUCUGUUAUUGCUUGCACAACACCCUUUUGGUUUCCCUACAAUGUCAUAUGCAGUGCUUGCUUUGACAUGCAUGUCAACAGAUUGAUCCAAAACGUGUAGUCAUUAACUAGAAAGACAUACCUAGGGUGCCAAAGAUACUAAGGUGUUUAUCCCUUACUAUCUGGAAGAUAUACAGUGGGGAAAAAAAGUAUUUAGUCAGCCACCAAUUGUGCAAGUUCUCCCACUUAAAAAGAUGAGAGAGGCCUGUAAUUUUCAUCAUAGGUACACGUCAACUAUGACAGACAAAAAUAGAAAAAAAAAUCCAGAAAAUCACAUUGUAGGAUUUUUAAUGAAUUUAUUGGCAUAUGAUGGUGGAAAAUAAGUAUUUGGUCAAUAACAAAAGUUUUUCAAUACUUUGUUAUAUACCCUUUGUUGGCAAUGACACAGGUCAAACGUUUUCUGUAAGUCUUCACAAGGUUUUCACACACUGUUGCUGGUAUUUUGGCCCAUUCCUCCAUGCAGAUCUCCUCUAGAGCAGUGAUGUUUUGGGGCUGUCGCUGGGCAACACAGACUUUCAACUCCCUCCAAAUAUUUUCUAUGGGGUUGAGAUCUGGAGACUGGCUAGGCCACUCCAGGAUCUUGAAAUGCUUCUUACGAAGCCACUCCUUCGUUGCCAGGGCGGUGUGUUUGGGAUCAUUGUCAUGCUGAAAGACCCAGCCACGUUUCAUCUUCAAUGCCCUUGCUGAUGGAAGGAGGUUUUCACUCAAAAUCUCACAAUACCUGGCCCCAUUCAUUCUUUCCUUUACACGGAUCAGUCGUCCUGGUCCCUUUGCAGAAAAACAGCCCCAAAGCAUGAUGUUUCCACCCCAAUGCUUCACAGUAGGGAUGGUGUUCUUUGGAUGCAACUCAGCAUUCUUUGUCCUCCAAACAUGACGAGUUGAGUUUUUACCAAAAAGUUAUAUUUUGGUUUCAUCUGACCAUAUGACAUUCUCCCAAUCCUCUUCUGGAUCAUCCAAAUGCACUUCAGACGGGCCUGGACAUGUACUGGCUUAAGCAGGGGGACACGUCUGGCACUGCAGGAUUUGAGUCCCUGGCGGCGUAGUGUGUUACUGAUGGUUGGCUUUGUUACUUUGGUCCCAGCUCUCAGCAGGUCAUUCACUAGGUCCCCCCGUGUGGUUCUGGGAUUUUUGCUCACCGUUCUUGUGAUCAUUUUGACCCCACGGGGUGAGAUCUUGCAUGGAGCCCCAGAUCGAGGGAGAUUAUCAGUGGUCUUGUAUGUCUUCCAUUUCCUAAUAAUUGCUCCCACAGUUGAUUUCUUCAAACCAAGCUGCUUACCUGUUGCAGAUUCAGUCUUCCCAGCCUGGUGCAGGUCUACAAUUUUGUUUUUGGUGUCCUUUGACAGCUCUUUGGUCUUGGCCAUUGUGAAGUUUGGAGUGUGACUGUUUGAGGUUGUGGACAGGUGUCUUUUAUACUGAUAACAAGUUCAAACAGGUGCCAUUAAUACAGGUAACGAGUGGAGGACAGAGGAGCCUCUUAAAGAAGAAGUUACAGGUCUGUGAGAGCCAGAAACCUUGCUUGUUUGUAGGUGACCAAAUACUUAUUUUCCACCAUAAUUUGCAAAUAAAUUCAUUAAAAAUCCUACAAUGGGAUUUUCUGGAUUUUUUUUUCUCAAUUUGUCUGUCAUAGUUGACGUGUACCUAUGAUGAAAAUUACAGGCCUCUCUCAUCUUUUUAAGUGGGAGAACUUGCACAAUUGGUGGCUGACUAAAUACUUUUUUGCCCCACUGUACCAAGUAGACUUCUUUCCCCUAUCCUUGUGAUGCUGUUGGUCCAAUAUUAAGAAAAUUGAACCCAGUCAUCUGCAGCCCCAAUCCAAGUCAAUUCUCACCAUGGUUAUGUUCAUUAGGCCACAAAAUGAAAGAAAACAGACUGAACAGCGGAGAACUACCUGAACUGUUUUCUUUUACAAAAUAUUUUGCUACAGUUUGCCCUAAUGAACACAACCCAGGGCAGUUCUCUGCCUUUCCAUCUCCUCUGACCUUUAACCUCUCACCCUAACCUCUGACCCCAGCCUCUUGCAUGCCCCAAUCCUCCUCUUUUGUAGGGAGAAAGAGGGAAAUGUUUGAGCACCCUGUCUUCUGCUUGGCGUCACAAGUGAUGGAUUUAACCAUCCGUGAGUACCUACCUCAUCCUCUCCCUGUCUCUCCUCCCUCCCUCCUCUCAGCCAUGUCCACUCCUCCUUCCUCCUCUGUGCUUUUUUUAUCUGUCGCUCAUGUCUGCGAGAGCGAGUGGGGAGAGAGAGAGCCAGUCUGGUCUGUCUGGGGAGACACUGCAACAGCACUGUAGCGGUCCUACUAUCAGGGACCUACAGUCUCCCAUCUGUCUGUGACCAACAUGAAUGAUCUGUCGGUCUGGUCUGUAAGCUUCUUUCUUUUGGUUGGACAUAUGCCCAUGCCCACCCAUGUGACUUGAAUGCAUUUUUUACAUUGCUUCUGUGUUAUCUCCUUCAGUCGUCUGGUCAUGUGUCAGUGAGUGUGGGCACGCCACGCCGCGCUGUGCGCUGGGACAGACAGGUAUGAAGCUAUGGCACUGCCAGAGACAGAGAAACCCAGAGAGGGAGGCAGUAGAGCAGAGCAGCAGCUGCAGGCAGAGCUAAGAUACCAGGAGGACAGAAAGGAUUGGGUGUACGCACACAGAGUUCCUAUAAUAUGUAUUUUAUCUCAGCUCAACUCAACCCACCACCAGUCAAUGUGUCCUGUCUUUGGUUCGUGCAGCUGUUGUUCGUCUUACGUCUAAGUUUACGACGGUCUAAAGCUUUGUCUUUCUGUUACUGUUAACUACAUCCUGUUGUAGUUCCUUCUUUACUUUUGGACUUCUCCUUAGGCUAAUCUCUCAACGUUUCAGCGUGUCUGUACCUACGUGUAUGUCUGUGGAGUCAAUGAUAUGUCUGUCAAUUAGCUACCUAACACACUCCUGCAGAGUUCUGGGACGUUUCCAGUGUUCUCUCUAAAGGUCAAGGGUCAGAUGGAGAAGAGUAAAGAGGAACAUCUUUUCACUCUCUUCUGGAACAUAAAAUAAUAACCAUAGUGUGUUAUAAUCCUAAAUAUCUCCUCUUUUCUCUUUCUUGUCUUUCUUUUCUCUCCUUCUCUCUCUCUCUCUUUCAAGUUGAGAAAGAUAAAAAGCCGGAUCCAAAUGAUCCAGGUGAAGCCCUGUUUGACUUUUAGCUUAACCCCAAUACACACCUACUGUACCUUAAACACACAGUGCACACACACACACACACACACUGUAUAUGUGUAUAUAUAUCUCCUGUAACCACAUACACAUUUAAAUGCAUACAUAAACCCUCUCAAAUUCCCCCUAAUUUCUUGGCAUGCCAACAUGUAGCACACAAUUAUUUGUGGAGAGAUUGUAUUACUUUAUAACAGUCAUUUUCAGGGAAAUUUAUUUUUAUUUUUAUUCAGUUCAUGAAUUGAAUAUAGAGGUGCGUGUUUCAAUUCAUGAAAUUAUUUUCCAAAGUUUUUCCUGAUACUAUGAUACAUGUAUUGAAUAAAGCUAAAAAAAAUCUGAAACUGAUCAAGAAAAACUGAUAUGCACAUAAAAGGUAGCAUCUCCAAUGUGUUGAGAGAAAUAAUGCAAUAUGAGUUUACCUCAAUAUAUCUGGCUAUCAGUAUCCAAAUACACACUGAGGAAAAUUCUGCAUUAUUAUUAUUUAAUUGUCACACAACAUAGAAUCUGAAAGAUUGUAUGCAAAAUGAUGAGACCAUUCUCUGAUAACAUGACAUAUUUCAUAAAACAGUUGAACACAUUGGAUAUGGAUGAAGUAUGAUACAUUUGAGAAUGAUAAUCACUACAUUAUCAUUCUGCUCAUUAUACUUCUAAGGACCAACAUGAAGGCUUUGCAAGGAGUAUUCUGCCAUUCCUCUGGCACUGCAUGACCUCCUUCAGCCAUUUUAACUAUGCUGUGGGGUUCAGGGUCCUUUUUAGAAUGCAUGGCUAGUUGGCUACAUAGUAGUACAGGUAGUGCAUAAUCACACAACAAACCAUAGUGUAUGACGUGACAAAAAGAUUAUGAGAAUAAAUAGGCUACGUUGAACAUAUAUUUUCUAAAUUUAGACAGGUGAUAAAUGUGGUAUGAUAAAUUUACUAAAAUGAUCUCUGUACAGUUCUAUGUACAGUUCUAUGUCCUCAUUAUUUCAAAUUUAAUUUGAGCCGUCUAAUUAAAUGUUCUAAUGUUUUGCUAAUUUUGCCACAUUAUCGUUAAUGUUCUGACUACCUCAUUUCACCACAUUGAAUUGUCCUAACUAAUUUUAUGUCAGCAGAUGAUAUAUGAAAAAAUCAGUGUCCAGGUACACCGUAGAUCUUACAAACGAUAUUUGUUACAAACUCAACAUUAUCCCAGGCAGCAAAAGCAUUAAGAGCACAGGAGCAUUUUGCAUGAGUAUAACAACGAUUUUGGUUUUCUCCGUGGGAUUAAUUUAGUCAGUCGAUUCUACCUGACUGUGUUGUCCAAUAUCUCCUUACAUUGACUGUCUACAUACAAUGCACCAGUACCAGUUUAUAUUGCGUGCAUGCUUUAGAAACCAUAUGACACUCUCAUCUUUAGUGCUAGUGGUCUGUGGGGUCUGUGUGAGUGAGAGGGAACCCAAAACACAGCUUAAGCACUUAUCAUGUCUUUCAUUUCAACCAUUUCUGGAGUUAACGAUAUAGAUGGGGGGGGGGGGGAAACAUUCUAACAGAGACUGUUAGUAACCCCUCUCUGCCUAACUAACCCCUUCCUUACCCCUCAUCCUUCCGCUCCAGAGAACGUAGGCCGGUUAGUCACGCCCGCCAAAAAACUUGAGGACACUAUUCGCCUGGCCGAGCUAGUCAUAGAGGUCCUCCAGCAGAACCAGGAGCAUCAUGCGGAGGUGAGUGGGUAACUCUUCCUCCUCUCAUCCCUCUCUUUAUCUAUCUCACUUCAUUACCUCCUCCGACACCUCCUCCAUGGGCAUGGAGAAGGGAGCUAGUCUUUUCCUGUUUAUAUAUAACGCUGUCUUUGUGCAUGGGUAACUUAAAAAUAUAUACUUUUUCAUCAAUGAUUUACUACACAGGUAGACAUCCUUAAUGGGAGAUGAAUAAUGGAUGUUAACAUUGUGCCAGUGCACAAUUUUUACCAAAGGAGGCAUUUUAAAGUGGGAGAGUGGUGAAGUGUGCCAUUCCCUUCUCCACGGAUUCAUCAUUCAUAAUCCAAGUGGUGCAAUGCUACAUAAAACAUUGGUUACCUUGAAAGAUGGGAAUGCCUGAUUGAUUUCAGCUCAGUAUGUACAGUAGAGGACAGAACAGUAUAGGUAGCUGUAAUGUAGGCUAGCUGCUUCUAGUCGGACUGUACAGUAGGUGACGCAUGCUCAUUCAGUGUUACUUUAGCUGAGAAGUUGGAACAUGAAAUAGAAACAACACUAAAUAGAUAUAUUUUUGCCUAAAAGUAUAAUAAACAAUUGUAAAAGCAUGUUGAUCAUGAAGAUCUACAGGUGAUCCUAUGGGAUCAAUAAGAUUAAUGCAGAUAAGCAGAUUUAUUCUAUCUCUCUGACAUAUGCUUGACAGGCUGCAGUCACAAGUUCUGGAGAUCAAUCGGUACAGUAUAAUUAUUUAUCUUUCUCUUCAGUCCCAUCACAAACCUCUCCCUAUCUAUCGCAUGUUGGCCUGCACAGAGGCUAGGGCUGCCCUUAGUGUUGUAAGGCUGAGGGAAAUACACUAGAGAGGGAUGGGUGGCUGUUGUGUGUUGGUUCAGAAACAUCAGCUAACAUGCUGACUGUAACGCACCGCCAUACUAUAGGCUACACAACAUCACUUUGAUCAUAGAGCAUGUCCACGACUAGUCCUCUUCUCUCUAGCAGCAUGUUGAAGUGAGCUAUACCACAGUAUACUCUGGGUGGUUCUUUUAGGGUUUGAUUGAAUCCCAAACUCCACCAUGAACAUAAAUGUAUAUCCUCUCCUUCCUCCAUCCAGCUUUAAGUUCGGUUUCAAAUCACGGUUCACUCUCUUUGAACAUUUAGAACAUUCCUCCUCCUUCCGGCUUCUCCUCUUCCAUCUCUCUGCUUUCCCGCCUUCCGUCUAAGAAUUGUUCCUCCACUCAGUAAUCCUUUAAAUAAAUGCUUGAUGCUGUAGAUACAUUCAUGUGACUAUCCUCCCUGUGUUUUCACUGUCCGUAUGAUCGGUGAUGUUCGCUCCCUGCAGGGCAAAGAGGUAUGUGGUGAAGUUGAAUGAGAACACCCCUCCCCCCUCUAACCCUGUAAUGGAUUGUGCAUGUCCAGUAGAUGCCCUGCCCCCCUUUCUCUGAAGUGUUGGUACAGUCCAGGACUGCUCUUUUGGGCCUGUUGUAUUGGGACUGUUGUGAAUGAUGGUGCCUGCUGCAGCAAUGGGGCUGGGCAUGCUGUAGAGGCCGGGGCCUUGCCUGAGUUCCCUUCCCCCAACAUAGGAUGGAGCCCCCAGUUUACCUGUCCAUCCGUCCCUCCUCCCUGGAACUAUAACCCCCCUCCCCCCAUCCCCACCCACUCCUCUCCCUGAGUCCACACUCUCUCCCCUGCCCUGUGUAUGAUGAUGUGAUGAUGAUAGUGAUGAUGAUGAUGAUGAAGGAGCACAACUUGGUCUGCUGCCUGUACUGUAGCACCAAUGAUUUAUAGCAUUGUAAAUAGUCGGUGAAGGGGUGGGCAUGUAAGUGGUCAGACAGGUAAGUGAGGACUUGACUGCAGUGCUGUCCCCCUGUGCUGUGUUAGCUACAGUGCCUUGCAAAAGUAUUCAUCCCCCUUGGCGUUUUUCCUAUUUUGUUGCAUUACAACCUGUAUUUUAAAUGGAUUUUUAUUUGGAUUUCAUGUAAUGGACAUACACAAAAUAAUUCAAAUUGGUGAAGUGAAAUGAAAAAAAAAAAUUACUUGUUUCCAAAAAUGCUAAAAGUUAAAUAACGGAAAAGUGGUGCGUGCAUAUGUAUUCACCCCCUUUGCUAUGAAGCCCCUAAAUAAGAUCUGGUGCAACCAAUUACCUUCAGAAGUCACAUAAUUAGUUAAAUAAAGUCCACCUGUGUGCAAUCUAAGUGCAACAUGAUCUAUCACAUGAUCUCAGUAUAUAUACACCUGUUCUGAAAGGCCCCAGAGUCUGCAACACCACUAAGCAAGGAGCACCACCAGGCAAGCGGCACCAUGAAGACCAAGGAGCUCUCCAAACAGGUCAAAUGAUACAAACUACCCCAAAAAUCUAUUUUAAUUCCAGGUUGUAAGGCAACAAAAUAGGAAAAAUGCCAAAGUGGGUGAAUUAUUUCGCAAGCCACUGUAUAGUCCCUCUAUGGCAGAUGUUUUUCCAGGAGGAUUGAUUCAAUAUGAAAUAAAAGCAUGCAGCAUAACAGGAAGGAUUAUUCGUCCCGUCAAGUUUUUCCAACGAUGAGCAAAUAACCCAAGCCCAGACUGUAAGCACAGCAGCAAAAUCAAUAGAAGCAGAAAGGUCAAUGGAAACAGACAUGGAUAAAUACCUCUUUCUGACCUAUUAAGUACCAUUGUUCACCCUAACUAGUAGUCCCAAAAUAUCUGGGGAAACCAUAUCAAGUUUAUUGGUUUGUCCACAAAUUGUCCCUCUGGAAACCCUGUACCUAGUAGAUAAGCUAUGUGCUGCAGUCUUCGGUCAGUGUGCCUACUUCCUAUUAUAUGGCUGAAUGCAGUGCAUGGACAUGACCUGUAUCACAUUCACAUCUGAUGAGGAGUGUUCUGUUGGUAUGGCAACGAUGUGAAUGGUGGAAACCCGAGCUCCACGGCAGUCUGCAUGAGAAAAGGCACCACCCCCCGGCUAUGACCCUCCCUCAAUCUAGAGAUAUAUGAUCAAUGAAUAUAACAGAAUUAAUCAGCUUCAUGAUAUUAUUAUGCUAUUAUUGGCUUUGUGUAUAAAUGUAUUGUAAACUUGUUCUCACAUUGGUGGGAGGCUAGCUAAGGUUUCAAUUAGCCCCAACCCCUUUAGUCUUCACCAGAAAGAGCUGUGGAUUGGUUUUACUCAUUCUUGGAGUACACAUGGGUUUGCAAGGCUACAGACAUCUAUUACUACAGUUAACUGCAUAUAAUCACUACAUUUAAUGGUCUACCUACCUACACAUGAUAUAUCAGUCCACAGUGCUAGCUGGCGCGGGUUUGUUAGAGCUCUGAUUAGCUCCAGUAUGUGUGUGAUCCUCCCAAGUCUGCUCUGCCUCCUCUCUGUCCUGCCUGCUCAUCCCCACAUCCUCACACCCUGACUGGGGCUUGUGUUCACCGUUCACCCCCUCCCUGGUUCUGUCCCUGUCCUGUCCGUGGUAUGUGUAUGUGUCUAGGCCUUUGCCUGGUGGUCUGACCUGAUGACGGAGCACGCUGAGACCUUCCUGGCCAUGUAUGCCGUGGACAUGGAUGCUGCUCUGGAAAUCCAGUCUCCUGAGAGCUGGGACAGCUUCCCUCUCUUCCAGCUGCUCAACGACUUCCUCCGCACUGACUGUAUGUUUCAUGUUUCUCUUCUAUAUACACCAAUGGCCUUCUCCAUCCAAUAAACAUCAAGGAAAAAGUUGGACUGAAAGUGCUUAACCACCCAGUCAAAAGUCAAAAGUUUUGACCCACCUUAAAUAGCUAAAAGUGGUUCUAGCUUUUUUCCAGGAAACACCAUAGAAUAACUCUUCCAUUCAGACCAGAUUCCUUUAACCCUUGACUAAUAAAACAAUAAAACACACACUGUACUGUGCCACACACACACGACUUGGUCCUGCCCCUCUGAGAAGUUUAUGCUGUAAUAUCAAUACUGUAUUCUCUCUCUCUCUCUCUCUCUCUCUCUCUCUCUCUCUCUCUCUUCUGCCUAGAUCACUGCCAAUCUGUAGUGUUUAUAGCUAUAAUAACAAUCAAACUAUAUAACAAUAUGUAUAGCUACAGUGUCUUGCAAAAGUGUUCAUCCCCCUUGGUGUUUUUCCUAUUUUGUUGCAUUACAGCCUGUAAUUUAAAUAUAUUUUUAUUUGGAUUUCAUGUAAUGGACAUACACAAAAUAGUCCAACUUGGUGAAGUGAAAUGAAAAAAAUAACUUGUUUCAAAGAAUUCUAAAAAAUAAAUGACGGAAAAGUGGUGCAUGCAUAUAUAUUCACCCCCUUUGCUAUGAAGCCCCUUAAUAAGAUCUGGUGCAACCAAUUACCUUCAGAAGUCACAUAAUUAGUUAAAUAAAGUCCACCUGUGUGCAAUCUAAGUGUCACAUGAUCUGUCACAUGAUCUCAGUAUAUACACCUGUUCAGAAAGGCCCCAGAGUCUGCAACACCAUUAAGCAAGGGGCAGCACCAUGAAGACCAAGGAGCUCUCCAAACAGGUCAAGGACAAAGUUGUAGAGAAGUACAGAUCAGGGUUGGGUUAUAAAAAAAGAUCUGAAACUUUGAACAUCCCACGGAGCACCAUUAAAUCCAUUAUAAAAAAAUUGAAAGAAUAUGGCACCACAACAAAGCUGCCAAGAGAGGGCCGCCCACCAAAACUCACGGCCCAGGUAAGAAGGGCAUUAAUCAGAGAGGCAACAAAGAGACCAAAGAUAACCCAGAAGGAGCUGCAAAGUUCAACAGCGGAGAUUGGAGUAUCUGUCCAUAGGACCACUUUAAGCCGUACACUCCACAGAGCUGGGCUUUACGGAAGAGGGGCCAGAAAAAAAGCCAUUGCUUAAAGAAAAAAAUAAGCAAACACGUUUGGUGUUCGCCAAAAGGCAUGUGGGAGACUCCCCAAACAUAUGGAAGAAGGACUCUGGUCAGAUGAGACUAAAAUUGAGCUUUUUGGCCAUCAAGGAAAAUGCUAUGUCUGGCGCAAACCCAACACCUCUCAUCACCCUGAACGGAGGUUCACCUUCCAGCAGGACAAUGACCCUAAGCAUACUGCUAAAGCAACACUCGAGUGGUUUAAGGGAAAACAUUUAAAUGUCUUGGAAUGGCCUAGUCAAAGCCCAGACCUCAAUCCAAUUGAGAAUCUGUGGUAUGACUUAACGAUUGCUGUACACCAGCGGAACCCAUCCAACUUGAAGGAGAUGGAGCAGUUUUGCCUUGAAGAAUGGGCAAAAAUCCCAGUGGCUAGAUGUGCCAAGCUUAUAGAGACAUACCCCAAGAGACUUUCAGCUGUAAUUGCUGCAAAAGGUGGGUCUGUUUUCAAAACAAAAAAAUAUUUUGCAUCUUCAAAGUUGUAGGCAUGUUGUGUAAAUCAAAUUAUAUAAACCACCCCAAAAUUCAUUUUAAUUCCAGGUUGUAAGGCAACAAAAUAGGGAAAAUGUCAAGGGGGUUAAAUACUUUCACAAGCCACUGUAUAAUCUCUCUAUUCUCUCUCUUCUUCUGCUUCUAGAUCACCUGUGCAAUGGGAAAUUCCACAAACACCUGCAGGACCUCUAUGCUCCCCUGGUGGUUAGAUAUGUGGACCUGAUGGAGUCCUCCAUCGCUCAGUCUAUCACCAGGGGCUUUGAGGGAGAGUCCUGGGUGCCUGUAAAGUAAGGGGCCGUCCUUCCUUCCUCACACUAACUGACUGCUCUUGGAGAGGCCUGGAGAGAGACACUACUAUACUUAGGAGAGCAGUCAUGUAGUUCACUCCUUAUUUGACUGCCUCAGCACACUCCUCAGUCAGAGCUGUUUGAGGAGAGUAAUAGAUAAGGAGUUUAUUUUUGCUCUGGAUAAGAGCGUCUGCUAAAUGACUUAAAUGUACAAUUUUCUGAUAAGGAAAACAUAUCCCAAAAGGCAUUCAUAAAACAUUUAUUAGGAGACAAUGGUCUCGGAAAUGAGUUUUUCUAACUCCAGAAACAAAUUAAACCUGAAUAUGAUGGUAGCUAUGACUCAUAAGGUAUUAUUAAAAAAUAUUAGUUUUGUAAUCAGAAGCUUCAAGCUUUAGCGGAUAUUGUGCGGUAAACUUGCAAAAGUGCAAGAGGGCUAUACUCUGCCACAUUCGGGACCCUUAUCCCAGACUAGGUCACAUGUAGGUUAGUUGAAGUCAAUCUCCAAUAUUUCCAUCCUUUUGUUUUGUGCUUUGAAAUGUUGCUAGGGACAGAAGCUCUCCAGUGUAUUUUGUGUUGCUAAUUUGCUAUUUUUCACUUUAUAACUAAUGCUUAUUGAUUUAUCAUGCCAUUUACAUUUGUUUUGCUUUCUUUUAAAUUAAGCUCUUUACGAAGCUCUAAACCUGAAAGGAAAAUACAUAUUUAUAGACUAUAGGUCUUAUGUUUUCGAUAACUUUGCUGUUUUGCCUUACUGCUGCUUUUAUAUAUGCGUACAAUCCACCGCUUAUUCUGAAUGUAGUAGGUCCUCUUUUUCUAUGUGCUUCAGAAAACAACUGCUUCUCUAACUGUUGGUCUUGUUUAUUUAUGUGUGCCAUUUACAUAUUAUGUAUUAUGUCUGAAGAUGAUCCAUUUCUUUGUGUGACUUUUCCUCUUGUGUUCUGGAUUUGAUUACUUUUACUGCACAGUUUCACAUGGCUUUGAACUGCAGCAGCAUCUACAUUACCACUGUUAUGGAUUUAUUUUGUUCUUUUUGUCUGUCUCUUCUGCAGGAGUUUAACAAGUAAUCUGCCCAAUGUGAAUCUCCAAAUACCAAAUGUCAACCUCCAAAUUCCCAAAGUACCAAAUCUGCCGCCAGUAGCAGGACUAUCAGUUAACCUUCCAACAAUGCCUAGUUUUUCCACCCCGUCAUGGAUGGCUGCUAUCUAUGACCCUGAGUGUGUAUUCAACUAGUUCACCUUAGAUUUAUGUGCAUCAGCAACGUGUUGCCUUGGUAUGAAGAUGUCCCCUAGGUCCCCUUGUCGCAGGUCAUUGACAAUAGAAGACCAAAUAAAAAUAUUGAUUUAGAUUUCGGAAAUGUCUCUGCCAACGACCUGCUUAGGCAUUAUGUAAGGGAAGAUACCUUUUUUCACAACUACAUAGGUUAAUGCACACCACACACAUUACAGAUAAGAUUACUUUACCAAUACGUUCCUCAAAUAAAAUCUUGGGUAAACAGUCGUUACCGAUCCUAUCAUGUUCAUGCCAAGAGCACUGCAAGGGGGUUACGUACGGUAGUUUAGGCUUGUUUAGAGUUUAGACUUGUUUGUUCUUGAAAUGAGUGGCUAUAUGACAAGCUGUCAUUUCCCCUCAACAUGCAUGCAGUUGAGCUGUGAGGUGUAGAGAUACAGAGCCAAAUCAAACCAUGUUUCACUGGAAGUUCUGGGCUUUGUUGCACUGAAAUAUAUUGUAACAGUGGACAUUAUUAUGAUAAUCUGGAAUUUUCUGUCCGAUGUGUAUCUCUCCGCCUCUCUCCUACAGUUUUCACUAGCUGUAAAGAAUGCAGUGGUUAGUCUGUAAUGCUCAUAAAAAGUUGACUGUACCACUGAUUGCUUAUGGAAGGUACAGUUGAACGUCGCAUCAGAACCCUGUAUGAAUACUGCUGGUCCUGGCUCACAUGACUGUCUGUGGCCAGUGGGAUAGGGUGGGCGGGGUCAGGUGGUCAGAUGGUGGGAUCAUAGAAAUUGAAUCACAAGAAUGGACAGCCCCCAUUCAAGUCAAUGGGUAUUUCCGUUCUAGUGGUUUUAUUUCUGUGGUUGGGGCGGGUAAGUGGGUAGAGAUUCUGCCCGGUUGUAACUGGGUGGGUGGAUUGUUAGCUCAAUGCUCUAAAGCAACCACCUCUUCAGUGCAGCUGGCAUCCAAUGCAGUAGAGAUCUGCCCCCUCUCCUUUCCUCUUCUCCUCCUCCUUCUUUUCCUGCAUCCCCCUAUCCCAGUCAGCUCUAACCAGGAUGGCAGCACCUUCAGACAGGACUGCAUGGUGUGUUUAAUAGCUAUUGUACUGUAGGAUACCCACCCAGUACCACCAGCCUGAGGAUAUGGGGGGUGAGAGAGUGGGCUGCUCUUUUAGAGUUUUAUUUUCUGUGAUUGAUCAUGUAUACCCCAAACAAAUACAAGUUCAAGAGAGAUAAAUUAAAUCUACUUAUGAACACACAAUGAUAGCCAUGUUUCAAGACACGCCCUCCCUCACCUCUCCACUCCCCUGUGUUGUAUUACAGACAAGUCAGUGUGUGCGAUAUCUGCAGUGACUAUCCUGCAUGAACCCACACCUAAAAGGUUAUUAAUAACCAAGUGCUACAGCAUGGUUAUUGAAAUGUUAUAGUCAACCAUGUCCUCUUAUUUUCCCAUACACUGACUGUCUAAAGAGAUUAUUUGAUAUUUAUAAGUGAAGUUAAUAAAAAGGGAAUUACUUUGGAACAGUCGGUCGGUGUGUGGUCAAUAUAAAGGACACCCCCCUGACCCCUCUGUCUUCUGUGACCUUUGGUUUCUGACCUGUGUGUGUUUGGGUUUGCCGUGGGAGUGCAGCAAUGGCUCUGGGACGUCGGAGGACCUGUUCUGGAAGCUGGAGGCACUGCAGACCUUCAUCAGGGACCUACACUGGCCCGAGGAGGAGUUUGCCAAACACCUGGAGAACCGUAUGAAGCUCAUGUCCAGCGACAUGAUUGAGAAUUGCGUCAAACGGUGUGUGUUGUGUGUGUGUAUGUGUAUGUCUGGGUGUGGUAUCGGUAUUUCCAUACUAAAACUUUGACGAAAACGAGACGUGAUCCCUGACAUUCUUUUAUACAACUAUUACAAAUUACUUUUCAUUUUAGUCGACACAAAUGUGACGAGACGAGAAUUCCAAGUGAGACUAAUGGAAAUGUUAAUUUGACAUGAAGCAUCUGUUUUGUCCAAUCAUAAGCAUGCAUGCAGAAUAUUUAAUGCGAUCCUCUCAUUGGCAGAAUUUACAUCUUUCAGUUGCGUGGUCUGAUUGAGCUGAUCUGCAAUGCUCUCACCCACACAGCUCCCAGGCGGUCACUUCAGUCACUUGUCAAUCUUUUGAACUGAUGCGAAGCCAGGACACUUGACUUGUAACUAACCUCAACUAGAAACAAUGUUUAUGGCCUCCCGAGUAGCGCAGCGGUCUAAGGCACUGCAUUGCAGUGCUUGAGGCGUCACUACAGACCCGGGUUCGAUCCCAGGCUGUGUCACAACCGGCCAUGACCGGGAGUCACAUAGGGCGGUGCACAAUUGGUCGUCCGGUUUAGGGGAGGGUUUGGCCGGAAGGGGCUUUACUUGGCUCAUUGUGCUCUAGCGACACCUUGUGGCGAGCCUGCAUGCUUACUUUGGUCGUCAAUUGAAUGGUGUUUCCUCUGACACGUUGGUGCAGCACUGUUAAGCAUUGUUAAGAAGUGCGGUUUGGCGGGUCAUGGCCUGACCUUCGCCUCUCCUGAGCGCAUUGAGGAAUUUGACAAGAUUAAAAAAGGAGCUAUGUUUACUUUUCAUGUAGGCUAUUUUUGCUUUGAAUAAAUAACAUGCGCGCUGUUAUGUAUAUUUAUAUUAUGUAUUCAUCUGUGUUGCCGAUCUCGCUCAAAUUCUCCCCUUUUUAAGGAAACUACUGUUUACCUCCUUGACGGUUAUGAUGGGGAGGAAAUCAGAGCUGUAAAUUGUUUAACCUGUAGCCAAGGCUUUAUAGCCUGUAUGGUUAAUUAUGGCUGGCAUUGGUUACAAUCUGCCACAAUAUCAGUGUAGCCAGCUAAGGUAUACGAGAGGAUAGUAGGCGUAGUUGGACAAGGCUAUCUGAAUGUUCACAUUCUGAGUGUUUAAUAGAAACAAAUGCACUGACUAUUACAUGACUAAAAUGGCUGUGACUAAACGAGACUAAAAGUUUUUGUUGACUGAUAAUAACUAAAAGUAACGAAGGAUGAAAUGACUAAAAUGUGACUAAGACUAAAACUACAUCUAAAAUAGCUGCCAAAAUUAACACUGGUGUGUGGUGUUGUGUACUGCCAGUGUUGGUGUGUGUGUCUCUCGAUCAUGUGGCUGGACAUGAGCCUCUGCCUCAAACUAAAUACCAUACAUUACAUAGAAAUGUUUCCUGCUGUGUAUUGCAGCACUAGGAUGGCAUUUGAGUCCAAGCUGGCAAAGAGCAGCAGGGGUACAGACUUCCGCAUCUCUGCAGCAAUAUGCACCAUGUUCAAUGUGAUGGUGGAUGCGAAGGACCAGUCCUCCAAGCUGUGUGCCAUGGAGAUGGGCCAGGAGGUAAGAAUGUGGCGCUACCAAUGCAAAGGUUGUGGGUUCAAAUCCCAGAAGGGAUCACCUACUAGAACUGUACCACCCAAAUAGAUGAACUGUGUGUUAUUUUCGUCUUUCAGAAACAGUACCACACCCAAAUAGAUGAACUGAUUGAGGAGAGUGUAAAGGACAUGAUCCAACUCAUGGUGGCAAAGGUACACUUCAUUUUUCUUAUUGUCCUCCCUAAUGAUACGUAACUUGUAUUGUGGUUGGCCUCAUAGUGCUUUGUGGCACUAGAAAAGUAGAACAAAGUGAUUUGUAGUCUGGAAUAAAUCUUGUUGUUUGUUUGUUUGUUUGUUUAUUGUUGUUUGUGUGUCUCACUUCUCAGUUUGUGGUUAUUCUGGAGGGUCUGUUGGCCAAGAUCUCCCGAUACGAUGAAGGCACUCUAUUCUCAUCUUUCAUGUCAUUCACGGUAAGACUAGGUUUCUCUACUGUAUCGCCUCCAAUAUCAUGUCAGAUGGAGUUAUGUUUCCGUAAAUUAUUCUAGGUAUGUUGGUGACUGUGCAAAUUAUGGAAUUCUCAUAUUUUCUUGUCACAAUCUGUCUGUAAUUUCAGGUGAAAGCUGCCUCAAAGUAUGUGGACGUCCCUGUAAGUGUGCCAUAGUCCCAGUUGAUCUCUGUAAAAUGUCAAACCAGUAAAAAAGCUAUGUGAUCAGAAAGGAAGUACUUAUCAUUUACUUAAUUCAAAUCAAAAUACAUUAUCUUGUGUUUGGGGUGAUUUAACUGUACUAUGCAGAACUGAGACAUUCUUCUCACAUAUAACCCCUUACCUCUGUCCCCCCCACCCUGCCUCUCUGUCUUGUCUGUAACACUAUUGUACUGUGUGAGUCUGUAUAAAGUACAUUAUAUCCUUAUUUAAUUCAUAGAGUUUUCAAUAUUUCUUCAUAUAUUUGUCAUAUAUUUUCAAUAAAUGUUUACAAUCUGCAUCCCUGUACAUGUGACUAAUGAACUCAAUCUAAUCUAAAUCUAAUAUAAAUUACAGAUUUACAAUGUCUAUGUUUCUGGUGUGUUUGCAGAAGCCUGGGAUGGACGUUGCCGACGGUUACGUCACCUGUGUCCGCCACUCUCAGGACAUUCUACGAGAUAAGGUCAAUGAGGAGGUGUAUAUAGAAAGAUUAUUUGAUGUAAGUAAGAUGCCGAUUCCUCCUGACCAAUAGGGAGGGAGCUUUCCAAAAUGUGGCAAAACAAUUGUGACAGGAAAGGGAUAUAAUAUGUCACAUUUUAAGACCAGGCGCUGUGUGUAUACCUACCACAGCCUGGUACAGAAGAGGCUUGGUGUUUUAUUAUCUUCCUCUAUAGGCUUUUCUCCUCUUCUCUCCUCUAUCUCUUCUUCUCUGUUCUCUGAACCUCUGCUCCUGCCCACUGUAUUCUGGUGUGCAUUGCCACAGUGCUUUUGGACCUUUGUGGAUUGGUUGGAUCAUUUACAAGCAAAGAGUCCAAACAAGCACCAUCAGGCAGGAUUAUCGAAAGCAGUGCUCUCUGGGUAAAGAAAGAUAAAAGAUGAUGUACAGGUCAUCUAAUUCACUCCAACACUAGGAUAUGUAAUAACUAACUUUCCCUUUCUAUCUAAGUAAUACUAAAUAAUAUAUAGUACUUUAAAAUACCUGUUCUCGUUUGAAGCGGUCUUGCAAAGCGAAAGCCAUUGAUAUGAGAGCACUGUUUUACAAGCACAUAAUCCUUAUGUGGUACAUUUGAAAUAAUGUGUCCACCAUUUUUGUGAGGUGUACUACAGUGACGUGUGUUUGCUUCAUACCCCUGAAAUGUAUAAACUGUACAGUAUUGUGGUGCACAGAUGUGUGUGUGUGUGUGUGUGUGUGUGUGUUGGCUUUGUGUGUUUGAGAGGCGUGUGGUAAUGUGCUGGAGUGAUUUAGUAUGUGUGUUGGCUGUGUAUUAGUGUGUUUGAGAGGUAUUACUUCGUGCAGUAGUCUACUGUUCCUGCGCUGUCACUGUGUGUGUGUUGGCUUUGUGUGUUUGUGAGGUGUGCUGUUAUGUGCUAGAGUGGUGUGUGUUUUGUGUUUGAAAGGUGUGUUGUACUACUGUGAAGUGUGUUUAAUUCUGUCUUUAAGGUCAACACUGGCUGUCCCUGUCUCUCUCCUUGUGUUUCUACGCUGCUAAAGAGUACCCCCCCCCCCCCCUCCCCACAGUUUCUGAUGUGUGAUUGUAUAGCUGCUUCUAACCUGUCCCUACCUGGCACUACCACAUUUGACUGUUCCAUGUCUUUUGAGUUGUGGAUGUUUUGGUUUUAAAUGUUGUAUUUCCGUUAGUUUUGGAGUGUCUUUGAUGAUUAAGUUUGUUGUUUUAAAAACAUUAAUGCUAUUAUAUUCCAUCCAUCUCUGCAUGUAUCGGCAAAACUCCCCAAUACUGCAUCUCUCUCUCUCUCUUUCUUUCACUUAUUCACUUAUUCACUCUCAAUUAUUUUAUUUAUUUCUUUAUUAACCCCAUAACUCCUGCCGCCUUCUCUUUUCUUCAAAAAGUGGCACUUAUCUCUAACGUCGCGUUGUUUUAGCACAUUAUGUUGAAUGGCAUGAUUUCAAGUCAAAUAAUCUUCCUGUGUACAUCUUCUAGCAUGACCCUCCACCUCUCAGAGUUAUGCCUCAGUCAUACUACUAUACAACACAUACAGCAAACCAACCUCCGCACGCACGCACUCACCCAGCCACCCACCCAGCCACUCACCCAGCCACCCACGCAGCCACUCACCCAGCCACUCACCCAGCCACCCAGCCACCCACGCAGCCACUCACCCAGCCACCCACGCAGCCACCAAACCCACCUGCCUUCCAGGUCUGCAUGCACUGCACGCACAUAGGCUCAACUCGACUGUGUGAAGUGGACAGGCAUCCAUCCGCUAAAAUCUGACCUCAAGCAUCAAGCCAAAACCUCCUGACCAACCAGUCAUCUCUACAGGACAAAAACAAACCUGGGUCCAAUCAAAUUAGAGCUAGGGCAAUUAGACCAAUCAAACCAACAAAAAAACUACUAAGCCAAGUCCAAUCCUAGCCAUUCAGGCCCUCAUUCCUGGCCCUGCCUACUCACUCCAUGACUCAAAGUUGAUCUUUUUUCUAGACGUUCGAAGGAGGACAACUGUUUCCUAGCUUCCUUGGUUCAUCUCUCUUCUUCUCUCGUGUGCUGUUCUCUUAUAACUUGAUCUCUGCUACGAAUCAUCUGGGUCAAUCUUAUCCUACACUCUGAAUGAAUGAAUUAAACGUUCUUCUAAUAAGGUAUAAGAAAAUAGCACAACUGUCUGCUCCUUGCCUGCCUAACCAUUUACUCACUUUCUCAUUAUGAUUUCAUUUCCACAAAUGAUCGAGUUGAAACUACACUGUGGAGUUACAGUAUGUAGAAUGAAUGUUCUACGACGUUGUCGUGUUGCUUAUAUGUAUGGAUGAGCCUUCACAGGGCUUUAGCGCUAGUCUAGAUCAUUUGAUAAAUUCAGAUCCCCUUACAAUAUACUGUACAAAUGAUGUAUUGGUAUGCCAUACUAUGUUCAGUUUGUUGAAAAGUAUAGCAUACUAGACAUUUAGCUACUAAGAACAACUUGGCUCAAGUAGAUAUUUUUGUCCCUGAGUGUACUGGAGCCAGAAGGUUUGUACUGGAGCCAGAAGGUUUGCCAGAAAACAUGAACAUUUUAUAUUUGAAUGUCUAGCUAGCACUACUAAUAUACCCUGGCAAUGUAUUAAUAAUUUCAUUGUUUCCCUCUGAUUUUCUUAGUGCCCUGCAGUGCUUGGAGAAAUGGGAAUUUUGAAAUAAUUAAUGUGCUUUUUCUGAAAUAAGUAUUUUAUGCAUGUUCAGUGUUUUUCUAUUCUCCACUGCAGAGUGUGUAUGUGUGUGUAUCUUUUUUUUCCGAAAUGUCUGUCUUGUCUUUCCUGGAAAAUACUGUAAAUGUCUGUGUGCGUUAAGUGUCGGAAAGUACUUCCCAAUGUGUGAGUGUGUUUUGCUUGUAAGACGUGUGUAUGUGUUCACUAGAGAACAUAUCAAGCUGCAUAUUGAUAUGCAGAGAGCUCUAGUUUGUGUGUGUGUUUGCGUCUACGUGUGUGUGUGUUUUGCUGGAGAACGCUGUGUUUGUGUGUGUUGCAGCAAUGGUACACAGCCACCAUGAACCUGCUGGGGACCUGGCUCACUGAGCGCAUGGACCAGCAGCUCCAUCUCUACCAGCUCAAGAUCCUCAUCAGGAUCGUCAAGGUAACUCACUGCCAGGGGAGGGGUUAAUAAUCUGCAUGGAACUCAGCUACUGUAAUUCACUGGCACCCCAGGGAUUAAAAACUAUUUUGACACUAGUGUCGCUUUAUUUGAUGGCAAAAUGGGAACAUGAUUGAAAGGGUAUGUUGAAAACAUUUCAAGGGAACAAAAGCCUUGUUCACACUGCAGGCCUUAAUGCUCAAAUCAGUUUUGUUUUUCAAAACCGUUUUGGAUUACUGACUGUCCAAACAGCAAAUUACAAGUGACCUUACCUCUACCCACAUGUAAAUAUUAUCUAAAUUACCUCGACUACCCUGUGCCCCCGCACAUUGACUCUGUACCGGUACCCACUGUAUAUAGCCUCGCUACAGUUAUUUUACUGCUGCUCUUUAAUUCUCUUUUUUUAUUUUUACUUAUCUAUUUUUUAGUUAACAUUUAUUAUUCUUAGAACUGCAUUGUUGGUUAAGGGCUUGUAAGUAAGCAUUUCACUGUAAGGUCUAUACCUGUUAUAUUCGGCGCAUGUUACAAAUACAAUUAGAUUUUAUUUUAUUUGAAAUUGGAUUUGUGUGCGUGUUCAGACUAGUCAUUUGCUGUCAUGGCUACGCUAGUUGUCAUGGUAAUGACAGGUGUGUGUGCAGUGGUGUAGGCUGAUUGGUGGUGGUGGUGGUGCUCAUGCUCUCUCUCAGUCAGAAGUUGUUGUGUACCAAGCUAAUGUGACAACAAUGCAUGCCAUGGAAGUCUCCCAGCUGCUUUGAAUGUUCGAAAUCAUAGCGUAAGAACACGUUUAAAGCCUCAAAGGAUAAGAUGAUCCAACUUUCAAAACAAGUAAUUUUUGGCUAGCCCCAGCAGUCAACUAGCAUGCUAGGUAGCUGUUUAGCUUUCUAGCACAUUCACUCAUUUAUUUGUAAACAAUUAACAAGCUAGUUAGUAGGGCUGGGCGGUAUCCAGAUUAUACACCGUCAUACUGUUUCUGUAACAUACCUGGGUAUACACUAUUACCAAAUGUGCACACAUGUCUCUGCUGUAGCCAAGAAGCUGUAUCUUGACAACUAGCCACUUAGUUAGCAAGUUAGCAAAACAAAUGCAUUACUGGAGCCCUGAGCUGGAUAUCAUUUAUUUGACACAUCUUAGAUUUCUUAUAGUUAUACUUAACUUAUAAGCAGUGGCGUAGGACGCACCCCCUGCAACGGUAUUGAAAGUCAUACCGUCUCUAUUUAGAAAUACCCCGGUAUAUGGUAUAAAUGGUAUAUUGUCCAAGCCUAUUAGUUAGCUACCACAUGUUCUUGUCAAACUGUCAACAGAGUAGCUAGCAAGCAUCAAGAUAUGCCAAAUAACAGUCAAAAAAACACUUGAGAGCAAAUUAAUCAGAUUUGACCAUUCAGACACAGGUUGCAUGGCCAGGAAUCAUAUUUUUAUGAAAUGUGGCUUGAAAUAUCUGAUUCCAUGUGGUUUUGGUUGUUCAGACUACAGGAAAAAGAUCAGAUUCAAAUCGAAUAUGCAAAAAAAUAGGAUUGAGUCACUUCAAACUGCCAGUAUGAACAAAGCUAAAAUGGUAUGGUAGGGGUUAAUAGUGCACUGGAGAAGGUGAUUGGAGAGAACCUCAUCUCUUUAUAUUUACUGUUAUUGAUUAUCAUGGCAUGAAGUCUACCGCUAGCUCAGUGGCACGUUCUUUGUCGAGCCUUUAGCUACUUCAUCCCUCUAUACCUGCUAAUCCCUCUUUUAAUCACCCAUCUCCUUGUAGAAAAAGUACCGUGACUUCCGUCUGCAGGGGGUGCUAGACUCCACCCUGAACAGUAAGAUGUAUGACACGGUGAGGAACAGGCUGACCCUGGAGGAGGCCAACGCGUCCAUGAAGGAGGGAGGGAUGGGGGGCAUCUCCAUGAAGGACAGCGACGAAGAGGACGAAGACGAUGACUAGAGCCCAGUGACGCCCGACCUCAGAACUGGCACUGACGCCUCCCUUUACCAAUGCAUGUACCAACUCUGUUACUCAGACAGCCACUCUAGGACCUCUUUGUCAUCUCGAAAUGCCGAUGAAGGACCUAUAAUAAACAAUAAAAAUAGUAAUUACUAUGCUGAGGAAAAAUAAUACAAAUAAAGAUGUUGAAAAAAUAAACCAUGAUUGACAGUUUAGCUGUGUCAUGAUGAAGAUAGCACCGAUGAUAUCUUUGACUCAUUGAUUUCUAAAUUCAUUUCUGUGUUCCUAAGCAAUAUGGAGUACCAUUUGUUUGACAAUGUUGAGUGAGAUUAUUAGGUGUGUCCCUGUCCAAUGCAAACCUAUAUGGCACUUUGUUGUAUUCUACAUUCAUUAUAAUGGUACAUUGUCGUGGCGAUGAGUGUAUAGACCCUUUUCUUUGUAUUGUCUGUCUUUAAGUGGAUGCCAACUGCUUCAAACUGAAAAUUACCCUCUGUAUUUAAGUUCAAUGCUGUUUAGGAUAAACAUCUCGUCUACUCACUCUACUCUCACCACCAUAGUAUGUUCUAGAACGUCCAUUUCCUCAUCUGUGUCAAUGCUUUGUGACCUCAUAAUCUUUCACCCUAUCACUAACGAGACAUCGUCCAGCAGCCAUCUUGAACUAAAAUGAGUGGGUAUUCUAGAAAUGCAAUAUUCUCAAAGCUCCAUUUUGAUAUCUUGUUGGAGAUUAUAUUUUUAUUUCUACGUUGUUGAAACGACCUUGAAACAGGUUCUAAUCUAUUUUAAAUUUAGUUGCACGUUUACAGAGAAAAGAGAGCUAAAAAUAAAAUGUUUUUUUAUUUACCAAAAUGAAAGUUGGUCUGUCUUUUUAGUUUUAUUGCGUAUUUGAUUAGGAUGAGAUGUGUGGCAUUUCUUUGGGUCUCACUGUUGUUUGUAUAUACACAACGCUGUACAUUGCAUUCUGAGCCAUUGCUGCAUGCCCGUGGGUCCCCACCCUCUCCGAAUGCUUUCCGUUUUGUGUGAAAUUAGCUGGUGGAUUCAUUCUUGCUUUUGCCUUAUGAAAGCCAAGUUGUAAUAUGCAAGAGCUGUGGCCUCUAAAUAAAAUUACUGUACAAAUACACAA